GUUAGGGUUAAGCUUGAUUUGGGGUUUGUAUUCUGAAAUGUUUCAGUCUGUUUUUACUAAAAUGUCCUGGUUCACCAUCAGGUUAUUGAGUUCCUUUAUAUCUCCUCUGUAAAUUGAGAAACUUUGUGUUUGGUCUCUUGGUGGACAGAUUGAUCAAAACAAUCAACAGAAUGGGGUUGGCAAGACAGUAAUUUAGAACAAUGACUGCACUGUCACUUUUACAGCUCUGUGUUUGUAUGUACGGUAUAAUAUAUUUGCUUUUCCACUUCCUUUCUUCUUCUGUCAAGAUUUUCCUGUAAUACCUGGCUUCCUAUCAGUGCAUCUGUGCUGUUCAACUUCCAGCUCAAACCGCCUAGGCCAGUUUCAAUCUGAUCAAGAUUUAUACAUGACAGAGAAAAUCUAUCCCCUAUCAUUGUGAUGUAUCAGUCCAACUUUGAGAUGUUCAAUUUAGUGUGAUUUCAGUCAGGCUAAUGUUUUCAAAAAGUCCAGUUGAAUACAAUAGGAAUACAAUAGCUUGAUUUUUUGAACAUUUUAACAUACUAAAUGAGUCUUGGCAUGUAAAAUUUUAACAAAGUCUGUUUUUAAAGCUCACUUUUAAUGGCACUUACCUCCAGUAGGGGUUUGGACCAUUUUAAUAACUAUAACUAUAUAGGCUAACUUAGGGCUGGGCGAUAAAACGUUAACGAUAUAUAUCGAAAAAUUAAUUUCCCUCAAUACCAUGAUAAAACAUGGUCAAUAUGCUUUUCAAUAAUCAGCAUUCUGCCAUGUUUUGGUAGACUAUACAAAUAGCCAAUGAAAAAGGGAACAUGUACUCGUGCUAAACUAGAACCAAGUAGCAAACAACUGUGUAGUAGCAGACUGCAGCUACACGCAACCAUAGCACUUAAACACGUGAAGCCAACAGCACUGAAAAAAAGAAAAUGGGUGCUACUCCUGGCAGAAAUGCAGAUGAAGGCUGAACAGAUGAUGACGUGGCGUGGAGGUAUUUUGGUUUUUUGAGGUCAGACAUGAAGCAGAGAAUGUGCACUGCAAAUUAUGUUGAGUACAUGUUCUCACAAAACCGGGGGAUACCUCAAAUCUUUUUCACCACCUGAAGCAGUGCCAGGCCGCAGAGCACACGCAAUGCAAAAUGUCACAAACCCCGAGCGGGGCAAGGAGCCCAUGGCACCUGUGCAGCCAACACAUCCGACUAUUCAGUCUGCUUCCUCUAGCGCAACACCUUUGGACAAAACGUUGAAGAGACACAAAGACCUCACAGAUGCAGAAGCUUAUUGUAUUGCCAAAGACAUGCAACCAAUAAGCACGGGUAAUUUUCAUCUUUAAUAUCAUGAUAUAUCUUGAUAUCGACUGUUAUGAAAAAAAUAUAUGUGAUAAACUUUUUCCCAUAUCGCCCAGCCCUAGGCUAACUACACAUUCUUACAAGUGGUCCUACCUGCUUCAGGUAGAGGCAUCCCUAUUAAUCACAGGCUGUUUCAUUGUUAACUAAAUAUCCCUUACAGGUGCUUUAAUAAUAAAAAUAAUAAUAACAAUAAUAAAAAGUCUUAAACCAUAAAACAAAGACUAACAUUAUAGCGUUAUCUAUUGACCCUUCAUGCCUGUAGUAAGAGUUCACACCCCUCUCCACUCCCCUCCUCCUCCUCCUCUGUAAGCUUACACAUUUAUUUCUCCCUCCAGUCUGCAGUCACUCCCAUCGUGUCCGGGGAGUACAGCCACCACCGGGACAGAGCUCCGAUGGCAGCCCGGGUUUCUUUCACUCAGGUCCGGAUGGAGGUGGAGGUAGAGCGCUGCCGGGCCGAGUGUCAGUGGGACAGGAUACCGGCGAUCAUCGAUCAGAUGCAGGCUGCGCGUUUCCACGAGGACGGUGAGUCAGUCAGGGGGGUGGGGGAGUUCAUCUGCAGGUUUUGGGUCGCUUCUCGGUUAUAUCUCGUACUCUAAAUAUAUUAACAUCGAUAUAGAGCUGGUUGCCAUAUUGUAUCUGUUUCAUUUUGUUGGGAUUUCUACCAAAAGUUUGCGUUUUACUUUCUUUUAGAGCAGAUAGAGGAAGUUGUUUCUGAAGUUCGAGCUUUUUUUGCGAGAAAAAGUAAAACAUGUUGAAACUAUUUUCUAGCAGCAAUUAAAAUACAAAUUUACAGUGUUCCUUAUUCGUUACAGAUUUAAAAUCCUAAAACUGUGAAAGAAUGUGAUGUUUUCAUUAACUAUUUUCUUACAGUGUGCACAAGUUGGACUCUGGACUUAAAACAAGAUAGAGGACAGCUGUUAAGUGUUUCUCUACAAGUUUAGUCCACAAAGGAAAAGUAUUACAGCAAUAUUUAACUUUUAGAAGAGCGAUAACCAAAAACGAUUGAGGUCUCUGCAUUAGUCCUACUGGGUCAUACCAUGGGUCAUUAGGAGGUUUCUGAACAACAGUAAAACAUCCCUCAUGUCAAGUUUACAGUUCACACAAUGAAUGACUGAACCUAAAAGUGGUCACAAGUGAUGUUAGACCCUCCGUUCUCACUGUUAACACCGCUCACUCCUGCUCGUUUUACAGUGUCUUUCAGCCUCUGCCCUGAAAUCCUUCCACAUAAGCUCAAAGCAAUGCAAACACACUUUUCAUCUAGUGCCUCAUAAAACAUUUCUGUGCUGAGUCACUAAUGCACCUGCCUCCACCCCUCACAUACGCAGAGUAAAUAUGGGUUCAGGUGACUAUACUGCAAGUCAACAGUUAUCGUGCCCACAGCUGGCUGAUGGUGCAGGUGGACAGUUUGCACACGCAAUGAAGUGUUAAAUCAAUGUGUUGGUACAGUGCGCGUGUGUGUGAGUCACGUCAGCUGAUCAGGCAUUCAUGGAAAGAAGGGUGAAUCAGGAGGAUUGAGGCACUACUGCUGCACAUUUUUGGAGAAGAGAAAGAGCGCUUUGAUGGCAGAUGAAUUUAGAAAAUUGUUUUAUUCAGGGUUUAUCUCUUGUGUGGCUGUAAAAAGGCUCUGCAUUCCUUUGUGACAUGUUCAAGUUUUAAAGCUCAAAAGGGGUCAUAAUGUUUUAGUGCUGUCUUCCGGGUUUUAAAUCAUAAACAUACUGAAUCACUCAAAUGUAGACCAGGCCAUUCAUCAGGAAGUGAGGAGACAGUGGACAAGUUCAAAUCUAAGGGGGCAUCCUCCCUCUUAGGAGGAAAACAUCACAUUUACUUACACUUAAAGAGCCGUCAAACAAAAGCUAAUGUAGAAAUAUAGAAAUCUCUUUAACAACUGUUUGUUGUGUCCAGAUGUGCGGGCAGGGGGUUGCAUGGACCCCUCUUGAAAUCUGCUUAGCCACCCCAGGUUGUCGUCAUAUAAUGCAAAACUAUGAUGAGCUUUUUGCCUUAUCAAGGGUUAAAAAUCAACGACUCGGGGUGCAGCUGGCCUUUUUGUCUACAUGUACACCUCAUAUAGGAAGGGUUUUCCUCAAGCAGUCAACCUGGGUUCACUUAUCCAAUCCAAUCCAAUCCAUUUUAUUUAUAUAGCACGAUUUAAGCAAACACAAGGUUUCUAAAAAUACAAUGAAUUACACAAUGCAAGCACAAUAGAUGAGGUAAAAAUAAAAUGAGAUAAAGCACAGUAAAAUCAAAUAAAAACAAACACAAUAAAUAAAAUCAAUAUUAUUAUGGCCUGUGACUCUAUUUAGCACAUCUCACUCCUCCCUCUCUCUAUUCCAGUUUCCUGCUCUAUCCACUAUCCUGUCCUCUUCAGAUGAAGGACAGAGGAUAACUCUUAAAAAUAACACAAUUUGAACAGUGAUUCACAUGCUUUGAUUUGCUGUCUUUGCAUUUAAGUCUAAACACUCAUAUUUAUUUCCUGAGAUUGGUGAGGAUUCUCAAGCUUGUAGGGGCCCUGGGCAAAAAUUCACAGGAGGGCCCCCACAGUGCACACUAGGUUUGGUCAUGGCCAGCCCAAGAAGAACACACUAGUUUGGUCGAUGAUCUAGCCGUCAAAGAACAACAGCGAUGAAUGUAAUGCUAACAAAAGUGACGUUUUUUUUCUUUCAGAAACUUCCCACAGUAUCAGUGUCCAUGUAAUGCUUAAUUGCUCACUAAGUUAUGAUUGGAGUAAUGAUGUUUGGAAAUCACAACAUAUAUUAAAGGGAUAUUCCGGCACCCCCUUGAGAGAUAAAUGUUGCAGACUGCUUACUUCUCUAUUUAUACCAACUUUAGUAACGACCACAUGACAACAAUACACAGCAGUCUGAGGAGCCAUAAACGAACCUUAACCAAAACGCCACUCUGUAGCCACAGAUAAUGCUCAGAACAGCACCUAACUCCAUCAACAGUGCAUAUAGGGUCCUCGCCAUAGCACUAACCACCUAACAUCUUUUUAACUUUGCCUGAUUUCUUUAGCAAAGAGACUAAUCACAAAUCACCUACUCUCUUCCAGCAGUCGCUUGUUUGUAGCGAGACCUCAGGCCAGUCCAUUACGGACUGCUGUGGGGUGACGCAGCUCAAGGAAGAACAUUUAUGAACUUUUCUUCAUGGAAAUUCAAUCAGACUGAGACGCCAAGGUAGAAGAACUGCAGCGUCUGCAGUGCAAAAUGAUUAAUAUGGUGAUUAUUACUUCAAGGAAAUGAUAAAGUAAUGAUCAUAAAUGUUCUUUCUUGAGCUGUGUCCUCGCUGUAGUCUGUAACGGACUGGCCUGAGGCCUCGCUACAAACAAGCAUUUGAUUAAUUUUGAUAAAUUAAUUUUAUGCCGGAAUAUACCUUUAAAUGAUUGGAUGACUUCACAAGUUCACUUUAAAGGAUUAUCUCUUAAAUAGUAAAGUUGUCACACAUGUUUGCCUCCAGUUGAGUCUGACUAGACUGUAAUAAAAACAGUUAUGUGAUCCAGGUGCAUGCUAACUUUAUAACAGGGUCUCUUCACAGUGUUGGUCAGUUUGUGGGGGCGCUGGCUAUUCACAUUUAUUCAGGAAAGUCAGUGUAACUUUAGAUACUUGUGGGGAGGAAAAAAUAUGACAAAAGCAAACAUCAGCUCCAAAGGAAGUAUAAAUGGAGUGAUACCUGCGAGCUAGUUAAAGCAGACAACUCAAGCUGAUUUCACACUAAACAUGCGUCAUUCUCACAGUCACUUUAGGAAUACAUCUUCUCUCUCGUUUAAGCUGUGAAAUUUCUCCCUCUGCUCAUUGCUACUGCUGCCAUGCACCUGUGCUGCAUCCCAGUAUCUACCUGCAGGCUACAAACAAAGCUUUUUAUCACUCUUUAAAACUGCUCAUGUAAAAUAAAUCUGCAACAGGUGAUAAGGCCAAAUCCUAGACGCUAAACACAAUCACUGUCCUGUUGUUGCAGAAACAUUUUAAACCAAUCAAGAUGAGCGGUGAGUCUUACAGCAGCGCUGACUUUUCCAAAAGUCUGAAACCAUCAGCUCUGUAAAAUCGUCUCUGAGCUUUCUCUGUAUUUCUGGCCUGAGAAACGUCCUGCUGUUUCUCCCUCACCUUCCCCCACAGUGAUCGCUGCAGCCUUGACUGUGCUGAUAAAACUAACAGGCAGAUAUGUGACGUAUAUCGGGACAUAAACACUCUCACAGAGUCAGCGUCAGAAUACACACACACACUCAUACAGAAUGGAAAAGGUAAACAGGAAGAUUUAAUCCAGCCUGUGUGUACACAAAAUUCGAGGUUAACCACUCGGUUUACUGAACGAGCAGUUCUUAUCAUGUGGUCAUAAUAUAGAGCUAUUUAAGGGGAGCAGGAGGGAAAUCUAGACUGUUGCUUCUACUUUAGGAAUAUUUGAGCUUCUCUCCCAGAGUCGGUGGGAAAUGUUAUUUUAAAUGGGCUCACUGAGGUUUGCUUUGGCCACAGAAAAUAAUGACUUUUGACCCUCAGCUAAGAUAGACUCUGACAAACUCAGUUAUUCUAUCCUGACCCCUCCUCAGACGACUACGGGAUGCUGCUGAUGUCUGAGGCCCUUCUGGAGGAGUGCCUUCAGGAAAACAUAGAUCUCUUACGGAGCUGCACGCCUUUAACGGAUAAAACCCAACCCAAACUGUGCCGGGCUAAAGGGCAUCUCAACUCUGUCCUGAGUCGAGGCCGUCUCACAGUCAGUAUCAGUAUAAUGUACAGCAUAAGUGUUCAUCUAAAAACAGAAGCACACAGAGCACAGGACGCUUCUUACACAAAUUAAUUGCCUUAUUUUUCCUCAUUUCUACUCCAGCCCCGAUACCUGAACGAGGCUCUGCUGCUGAUGGCAAAAGUUCACUAUGUGCAGGGCCGAUACCGGGACGCUCAGGGGAUGUGUGCCAGGGUGGGACUGGAGGAGCUGACGCAGGAUAUACAACCCACGUACCACCUACGACUGCUGGCUGAGGCUUUUGUCAUUAAAGGUAUUCAGCACGUCUUGGAGAUUAAAGAGAAAUACCUUUCAGUGGAACAUCGAUGUCCAGCUGAGAGAUUUGUUUUGCUAUAAGGGAGGAACACUGAAUAUAAAUGAGCAGAUGCACACAGUCUUGGGUAUAAAAACAACAAUAUCCGUGAAAUGACAUAAACUACAUCUACAAAAACAGCAAUUAUAUAAAGCAGAACACAGGGGGGCUGCAGAUCUGCUAAUUUGUUUGUGUUAUUGAGUGUCUUGAUGGUUAUUCCCAGUCAAAACACUGUGUGUUCAUCACGUAUUUGCACGGAGAAAUAACUGCUUUAGAUGACAGUAAGCCAACAAAUCCUGCAUACUGUCAGGGAAAAUAAGUGAAGGUAAAGCUGCUUACCUUGUUUUACUUGAUUUUAAGAGGAUUUUGAGGUAUUUCACACCCCCUCACCAACAGGGAUAUUUUUAAAAACACUUCAUCUUGUUUGGCCUCCAAUUUUAAAAAAUCACAAAGUUUUAUGUCUUUGAUAACAGAGGUUUUCCACUUUAUAAGGUGGAUAUUUUAAAAAAGCUUGAUUUUGUUCUGGUGUGGACAGCAAAAACAAUCAUUGUAGGAAAAUAUCGUCCAUCAUUACUGCAACUUGUGCCUGGGAAUUUUUGUACUACUGUGGCACAGGGGUGAAUAAUUAUAUCAUACUCAGUGGUUAUUAGCUGGGCAGUAACUGCUGUUUGAAAUCACUGCCUCAGAUGCUCACUAUGCAUGUGUUUCUGUGGUGUUUGAUUCACUGGAGUGAUGACACAUUAUUGCCACCCAAAGGUCUGGCAUGCUUGUAUGGGUGUUUAAUAAAGAGCCAAGUCAGUAUUAGUUCGAAAAUGAGGCCAAAAAAAUUACAGUUUUUAAGAAUAUUUGUGUAUCCGUGGAUCUAGCAUUAUAUCCCAAUGUUUGCUGCUUUUUUUUAGAUUAUUCUUUCUUCUUUUUCUUUUUUCAAGUGAUCAAAUCAGAGCUACACCAACAGGUUCCUACAGCCUGCAGCAGUGAAACAGGUGGUAGAGGUUGAAAUUUCAUCCUGUCCUGUUUAAAGUCCCUCCACUAUAAGUUCUUGUUUUUGACAUCAACAGACUCAAACUGUUAUUCUCAGAGAAAGGAUCCCAACACUGACAGAAACAGAUCAUUUAGCUGAUGAGGAAGAAGAUUGUAUUUAAUUUUUUAAGAUAUAGCAGUUAAAACACUCUUUUCAAAGGUACCAGAGGCCACUGUUAACCUAAAAUGAGCCUUUUACAAUAACGGUACAUAAUAAUGGGAACUUUUCGGCAUAUUCCCCCAUCCUCUACUGUCAUGUUUCUACCAAAGCACUGAACAGACACACUAGACUGCUUAAAAAAGGAAGGGAACACUGAAAUCACACAUCCAAGAUCUCAAUGAAUGAAAUACUCCAGGUAAGUUAGGGUCAAACACACCCUAACACCGAGUUAGACACCCCCUUGAGAGAUGAAUGUUGCCGACCGCUUGCUUCUUUAGUUAUACCAACUUUAGUAACGACCGCACGAUAGCAAUACACAGUGGUCUACGUCUCCACAUGCAAUCCUCAACCAAAACGCCACUCUAUAGCCACAAAUAAUGCUCAGAACAGCACCUAACUUCAUCAACAGUACAUAAAGGGUCCCAGCCACAGCAUCAGCCACCAAACAUCUUUUUAGCUUUGCCUAAUUUCUUUAGCAAAGAGACUAAACACAACUCACCCACUCUCUUCCAGCAGCCGCUUGUUUGUGGGGGAGCCCUGAUAAGUCAAUCACCAAGUGCUGAAGUUGGUGUAACUAAAAAAGCAAGCAGUCGGCAACAUUCAUCUCUCGAGGGGGUUGCCUAACUCUGUGUUACAGUGUGUUUGACCCUAACUUAAAUUUACUGCGGAAUAUCCUUUUAAGAACAAAAUGACAUGAGACUGAUAAAAAGAAACCAACAUCAGUAACCCAUUAAGGACUGUAAUCAGGAUCAUACUCAAAAUCAAAAGUGGAGCAAUGAGAUCACACAUUUUCACAGACAAACCAGCAAAUUGCAGCAGUGGUUUGCCAGCAGCUCCUCUACCCUGUGAAGUAGAUAAACUGUCUGCUGUUUUGUGGCUUCCCUUGAUAGAUUUGAAUUGUACCCAUCAGAUAACAGCCUGUUUCACUGUUGCUGUUUGUCCAAUAUUGAUGUAAUAUUAAUAUUUAAUAUUAAUAUAUUAAAGUGUGUACAUAAUGCAUUUAAAUCUAUAAACUAUAAAGAUGUAAAAAAAUGGGAUUAGGUUUAAAAAUGACAUGAUAGAUAAAGUCUAAAAUGUGACAAAGUCAGAGUUAGAUAGUAUUAAGCUCUUGGUCAAACAGAUUACCUGCAGCCUUAAAGAUGUUAGACAUGCUGAUUAAAAGUCAUUUUAGAUAAAAACAUCGACUGUUACUCAAAUUUUCAAUCUUUAUACACUGUUCCUGCUCAGACUGCUUCAGAUACACUUUGAAAAUAUUCUUUGUAUAGUCGUUAAAAAUCUCCAAUCUGAAGUUUUUUUCUGUGUCAUUGAGCACUGGAAUUAUCAAAGGCCAAAGGUCAUGUCCACUGAGCAUCACUCCAGUAGUCCUGUGCAGUCUGUAUAAUCCUAUUAACCCUCAAAUUGGAUCAUUAAAUUUCCUGUUUCCUGAUGAUUGGACAUGACCUCAUAAAACUGAGGAGGAUUUUAUGACAGAGAGUCUUAGAUUUGGAUUUCCUCUGAUUGUUUCUGAUGCUGAGCCAGCUCAGAUCCUUUGAGGAUUGUGUCUCUUCCCCCGGUGGAUUUUUCUGUAUCUCCUGCUGCAUGUUGUUUUGGGACUGCAGUCAGACUUGAAUAUUUGUCUGAUGAUGUCUGUCCAUUGGCAGCUCUCUGUUUAUUUGAUCAGGCUGGCGUCUGGCCUAGGCUGCAGUCCAUCGCAGACCUCCCGUGGUCCAGAAAUAUUCUGCUUAUUUGCAUCAAUAAGUCAGUAACAGACUCCAGGGCUGGCAUCUGGACCGGAACUGACCUGCUCUCUUCUCCCCCAUUGAUUAUGUGUUAGCCCAGCAUCCGUCUGCAUGGCACAGUGUGAGGAAAUGUGCAAAGAAAAUUGGUACAAAUGUGUUCUGUUGGUAGGAAAAAUGAUCUAACCAAGUGUUGUUUUCCUUUUAUGCCUUCGCUUUCAUUUUUGGAAUGACUUGAGUGAAUUAUAAUGCAAGACACUUUUUGGUAACACUUUACAAUAACCAUAAUUUAUAAAUGGCAAGUAGAUAGUUUAUUAAUGUAAGUUAAUAGUUACUUUACUAUUAACAAGCAAUGAAAUAAUUAUUUAUAAUUUUAAUGAAUUAUUAAUGGACUAUUUAUUAAAGGUUUAUAUAGGGUUUGUAAAACAUCUGAUUAAAAUGUGUGUCUGUAGCACUUUGAAAAUGGUUAAUAUUUGGUUUUUAAACCAUCUAUAAACAUUAUUUAUAUGGUUAUUGCAAAGUUGCAACUGAUAUUUGUAAUACUUUGUAAAUGAUUAAUAAGUGGUUUAUAAACCACGUAUAAACAUUACUUAGAUGGUUAUUGUUAAGUUGGGGUUAUGUUUUUAAAAUUGUAAAAAUUUACAAUUUAGUAGUGGUCUAUAUGCUAUUUAUAAAUGAUGAUUAAACAUUACUAAACUAUCUGCUCACCAUUUAUAAAUGGUUUAUUUAUCAUUUAUAAUAUAUGGUGAUUGUAAUGUGUUACCCACUUUUUCAGUUAGUUUUUUAAUUGACUUUUUGUAUUUUACCCAGUUCUAUACAUUUAAAUGAUUUUCUGGUUUUAUUAAAUGCACAAUUGCCAUUCAGUAGAACUAACACUCUUAAGUUCAAGCAGUCUAGUUUCAUCGAUAAUAGGGCUGUAUCAGACUUUAUACUUCACCAUUAUUAUGGCUGUAAAACAUUGCAUAUACUAUGGAAAACUUAAAAUGGCACAAUCAGUCAAAAUGAGAAAAGGCAAAAGCAGCAAUACAUUACACAAUUAACUUUAAUAAACACAGUUAACUCACAUACCAUCAUCCAUUUCUAGUGAUGUUUAAAUGUUUGAUAAAUCUACAAAACCAGCUCUGUUUGACUAUAACUUCUUUCAGGAAGACAUUGCCUCAUAAAACAUUUGUUUUUCACGCUCUAAUUUAAUAAUUUUUUUUCUUCCGUCAUGCAUCAAGUUUAUUGAGUUUCCUGCUCAGUAAGAUUGUGCUUUUAUUUUGACAUAGGAUCUACUUCUGGUAUAUUGUACAUUAAGAGACUGAAUGAAAAUGGUUGAAAGAAGGGCCAGAAAGUAAAACUGUGUAAUUGAUAAGUAACCUGAAAGGCUUACUUAUUAGACUUGUCGUGUUAAACCCUGGGAUUAGAGUUUUUUAGAUUGCCAUCUCUCAUAGAGCUACUUACAGCCGUCAUAAAGACUCAGUUCAGUUUAGAUUAGUACAGUUUGAUUAUGUCUGAUUAUUUUUUAUGAUAGCAGAGCCCACCAUAAAAGAUGCAAAUUAAAAGUGAAUGCAGUUAUUUUCAUUUUUUUCUUGUGACUUCAGUGAAAGCUGAAGUAACUCUUUGUUACAGAUUUCUCAUGCAAGAGCAUCCAUACACACUUCCCUAUUGUAGUCGAUCUAUUAGGGAUUUGCAUUAGCUUGAAACCAUCCAACAAAAACACACACACAAUGUGGAUAAUUGACAUGGUCUGACCCAAGUACACAUUUUACACAGAGUCCAUUAUUAACAAAAAAAAAAGUAUUGUUCAUUUUACACCAGUGUUGCUUGUUCUAGGUUUUUUAGCUCUUCUUUAAUCAAGUUUCCACAUGUGUUUGAGAGCAAAAUCAUGAUGAAAAUACAUUUUGUCAUAAAUUCCCAGACUCCCCUUGGUGGUAAAAUUAUUUAACACAUCUCAGGAGGUGUGAGAAGAAGAAUAAAGGAUCUCCAGCAUUUCAGCUGCAAAAAGUGCAGAUCAGUGACUCAUCUAACCACCUGUCUUAUACAUUAGUACCAAAUUAAAAUAUAUGAGAGUGCAUCCACAAAAUAUUAUCAUCAGUAACAUACAGUACUCAAACACGAAUAAAACAGCCAGCCUUGGUCAGGAGUCACUUUCCUUCCUCUUGUCUAAGAUUUUUAAGUAAUGAUUUUAAUUGAUAAUGAACUGAUGAGACACUGUUAUGGGAUUCAUAUGAUUAACUUAAACUCAGAUGUUGAUAACUUGACCUACUUACUGAUCACCUGCACACAUGGACAGAGGAACAGCUAGAACUCACCCUCACCUGUGUCAAGUUCAGAUCUUUGCUUCCCAUGAAGCCCAAAUGAAACUGUGUGCAUUAGGUUCAGUUCUCAGGUCUGUGUUCUCUUUCUGUGUUCUAGGUCUGUCUCUAGACCACCAGGCUGUCUCCUCAGUGUCUCGAGUCCGUCUGUCUGAAAGAGAGGAAGAGAGUCUGUCCUGUUUCCUUCGAGCCUGCGACGCUGCACUGUCUUUCCUACAGGAGCUCGAUAAGGUGGAUUUUCAGAUUAUGUAGAAGCUUCCACAAGAGUGUUUGGAUAGUUACAGUAACGUUUGACAUAGAGAUGCAUUUCAAGACAUGAAUACUUGUAAGUGCUUAUCCCUUUUUUAUUUUAUUUUUUGAUACUUUCUUUUUGUUGAUUUUCUUCAACAGUGUAUAAUAAAAUAUAUAAUAAAAUAUACUUCGGGAUGAAAGGGGAAUACAUAGAAAGAGGAAAAAAUAAAAUAAAUAAAAGAGGGAAAAAAAAGAAAAAAAAAAAGCGUAUCCCUUUUUUAAACCUAAAAAACCGACGAUGUUGAUACUGCAGCAGUAAUAAAAUGACCCAGGCUCAGUAAUGAAUAUAGACUAAGUCUAUCGUUGUUGUUGUUGUUUUCAGACUGUUUCUACCCCCCACUCGAAGACCCCCAAAGCCAGUCUGCUACCUCCACCUCCUGACAUGGACCUGGGCUACUUCCUGCAGGCUGCAUUACAGAGUGCAUACCUUUGUCUGCUUCAAAGAGGGUAAGGAUGGCACACAAACACACACACAUAAACAUACACACACAACACAAACACCAUCAGUCCUAUUCUAUAUAUAUAUAAGCAAUCUAAGAUUUGAAAACCUUUUUACGAGAACGACAGGGUCUAAAGAGGAGUAGAAACGUUCUAAAAGCAAACUGUCAAACAACAAAUCUGGGACAGAAAUCCACAUGUGUCCACAUCUGUUGUGGUAAAAAUAGAGACAACAACAAAAAAAAUCCUGGUAAUUCUGUUUGCCACAUUGUGAUUAUUUCUGACAGUCUCAGGUCCUGCUUAUUGAAAAGCAUUCAUAGUGCAUAUUGUUGUAGUUUUUUUUUUCUAUUCAUGAUAAUGUUCAGACCCUGGACACAAACGUCCUCAGGAUAUUUCGAGUGUGCAGGACACUUAGAUCUUGGUUGUAACACAGAAGAGGUGUAGAAAGCUCAGGCAAGAUUUAUAGUUAAGUUAUAAGUCAAAGUGUGCACACAUUCAAAGAUGAACACUGAGCUGAAACAUAGAGAGCGCAGUGGUGAAUUUAGCCUGAUAUAAUACACAUUUCAUACUGGCAUAAAAGGCUAAGAUUCUCAUAUACAGUCAUUAAAAAAAAUCACUGUUGUUCAACAAAGAUAUGGUUCCCUGCUCCAACACACCUGAUUCAAAUAAUCAGCUCGUUAUCAAGCUCUGUAAUGGCUUAUUAACGAGCUGAUCAUUUGAAUCAGGUGUGUUGGAACAGGAAAACAUCCAAAACAUACAGGACAGUGGGCCUCGAGGACUGGACUUGAGAAUCACUGGUCUAAAUCUUUGUUUUUACAAGACUUUAUCAGUGGUCUUGCAGGCUGUUUAAAAUAUCUCUUUCUUUGUUUAUGCCUCUUUGUCCAUGUUGGGCAGGACAUUUUGACUUUUUUCUCUCACUGUAACACAAAGUAUACAAAGUGAGGUAGAGCAGACGUGCAGGACACUCUUAAUCUGUGUAGCAGAGAUGCAUUUGACCUCAGCUUCAUAUUUCAGUUUUUCUAUCAGAGACUUGGGGUGCAGAAAUAAAAGGAUGUUUUUUUUAGUCUUGUUAGUGCUGGUUUGGUGCUUUCAGAUUUUCUUUUUCCCAUCAGAACUACUUAAACAUCUAUCUGCUGUGUUUGCACACUGCUAAGCCUCACUCAGCAGGUUUGAAUGUUAAGUUGCUGUCCAUGUUGUUUAGUCUUUUUUGUACGUUCAUGAACAAUGGGAAGUGUUUGUCUUUGAAAUCCUGGCACAGUUGGCGGUUAACAGGUGUACCUCUGUUUCUACCUCUUGUUGAACGCUGCAGGUGAAGAAAUGUGUGAGUUUUUAAUUGGCCACCAGGUGUCAGUGUUGCUCUUUGACUGAAAACAAGCAGCUGGUGCUAGACUGUUAAACAUACUCCAGCAUCCAAUAUGAAGCCAAGCUCAUACUAACACAGUCCAAUCCAGUGGGCCACCAGAAGAGGUGCUGUUAUUAUUUUGACUCCAAUACAGUUUAUUUAAGCUGCUGACAUUUCAACAUUCAGUGCCUCUCUGUAGCUUCAAAUGCUGGAUAAAUUAAAAAAGGACUCAAAGAACAUCUUUGAAAUGUUUUUCCUGACCCCCCCCCCCUCAAAAAAAAGAAAAAUAAAAUAAAUAAAAAAGAAAUAUUUUCCAUAUACUCCAGUGGCUCUUCAGGACUCCCUUAUACUAAUGGUGUGUGUGUGUGUGUGUGUGUGUGUGUGUGUGUGUGUGUGUGUGUGUGUGUGUGUGUGUGUGUGUGUGUGUGUGUGUGUGUGUGUGUGUGUGUGUGUGCGUGCGCGCUAUUAUAGCCAUCUUGCACAGGGUUCUCACCAGCUGCGUCGGGUGCUCAGGGUGGUUGAAUGUCGAGGGUCUCAGAGCUUCAGAAAGGUAAGAUCUUGCUCACACACAUUUAUUUACACUCUCAAAUAGUUCAUGUAUUUAGGCACUAGACUAAACAUUUAUAGUAUAAAAAAAACACAAAUAUUCCAGGUUUUAUAUGAAUCUGAAGAUCCAAGUUUGAGCUAAAAAUGUUCCUGCUUAAUCAGGAUGAUUUGAUUGGAUAGUUAUGUUAUGCAUCAAUUAUCUACUGAGCCUAGAACAGCCCAACAGGCCUAACAUCAUCAUCAUCAUCAAAACAGAAUAAAAGAGAAACCAAAUUUAAUGGUUUGUGCCAAUUUUGAUGUCCCACAGUUCUCAUCCUACUGACUUUCGAUUGUCAAGAUUUCCCUUUUUUUGUGAAUAUAUUCAAGUGAAAGUUUAUCUUCGGUGGCGUUUAUCUUCAGGCUGCAGCGAGGAAGCUAGCAGAGGUUCUGCUGAGCUCUGUCAGUGAGGACAGCUACUGGCCCCCUCUUGGCCCCCCUCCUUCAGCAUGGCUCCACAGAGAGGGGGCCGCUGCCUCCAAGGACGCCAUCUACCCCACUGUGAAACCACCGCAGAGAUACAACACGGAUGGGUCAGUUUUUUUAAUUUUUCUAAUAUGAAAAGUUUAACGCUUUUUCCUCAAAUUUUCUGUCAAACUGUAGAAUUUACUGAAGGUUAACUUAAUGAUUAAUCUUUAUACCAAAAAACAUUUUUGUACCAGACUGUAAACAUGAAUAUUUAUGGUGCAAAGUUAUGCAUUUCAAUGCGACACAUUAUAGAUUCCUUGUGGCCUGUCUCAAGUGAGUCCACUCCAGUAUUUGUAACUUUCAAAGUGCCUUAGUUUCAUGCACCAUAGGAUGCUGCUCCACAGUGUCAGAAAGGGGAGAACUACAGCAACUUGUAUGUUACAGGACAGGUGUUCAGAACUAUGUUCAGUGUUAGAAAUCAGUAGUUUUUCUCAGUUUGUCUUCAAAGUUUUCAGGCACAUUGAAGAAAUGCUGAAAAACCUCACUGUUGUGCUUACUUAACAAGCUGCAUCAUUAAUUGUAAUCCUUGUUGCUAUAGUUUGUUAUUUUGGGUAUCAGCAGUGUCAAAAGAAUUGUAUGCAACUUUUUCAUUUUUUAGGUAGAAGUUGAAAUCCUGUAGGAUUGAGUCAGAAAAAGAGUCAGGUUUAUAGCGAAGAAAGAUUACACAGACAAAGAAUUCAAUAAACAUAAAAGUACGGUAGUUGAAAACAAAGCAGCAAUCCUGCUGUUAAAUGGGGUGAACAGAGCGCAAUAACAAUAUUUAAAUAAAAGAAUAUCAUAGAAAUCAUACAAGAAAAAUGUUCAAGGUGUUGCCAAGGCCAAGAUGCAGAGACAUGUCAAGGGCUGCUUGAUUAUGGUAAAAAAUAAUCACCGGUUAAUAUGUAGGUCAAAAACAUGCAUGAUAUGACAUUUUCAUUACAUGCCUGAACUUAACUCAAACACUCUUUAUAACUCAAAUAUUCUGAACACUUUUGAACAAAAAAAAAUUAAAGAAAUAAAAGAAAAAGUCAUUUAUUGUUUGUGUUUACAAAAGCCUAGUGUUGGUCUAGCUGGAUUAAUACAGCAGUAAUAGUACUCCAUUAGUUCUUCAGUGGAUUUUAAAAACUCUGACUUAAUUUUGACUUAAUGUUUUAAAUCAGUUGAAGACAAGACUUUAACAUUUUUACACAGUGAAUUUGAAAGUACAAGAUCUGAGCCCUUCCACCACUAUUAUUAUGACAGGCUGAAACUCAAACUGAUCAUUCAGCCUUCUCAAGCCUUCAUCUUUAUCACCUAAACACACAGACGUGUUUUAUCAUGACACAGACUGAUGUCACUCUCUGUUUAGCCCGGCAGUUUUUGGCUCAUUAAUAUUGUUGACGCUCGUCAAUCCUUUGUUUGAGCUCGUCAUCCUUACAGACACCGUCACCGUCUUGCUCAGGAAUCCACUGGAAUUGAAAUUCUACCAAUCAACCCGAACAUAUAUUAUACAUAAGUGUCAGGAAUUUACCCAGACCAGUAAAAAUACAUUAAACAGUCACAUCAUGACCGACUGGCUCUCAUCACAUUCAACUCUGUCCACAUGUUCGAGCUUUAUGUCUGCCUGUCCCUGUUUGUAGAUUCCUGCACUCGCUGCCCAGGCCCUGCAAGCCAUACUUAGUCAGAAGCACAUGACUAAUCCUGCCCACACUAUCAUACAGGAAGAUCUAAAUCCAUGUCUGAGAUUAGAGAGAGGAGGAACAGGAGACUUCACCCUGAGGAGUGGUGUACUUCCCUGUGUUUGUGCCUUUUAAUCAUCAGUUUCCUCUUUUUGAAAACACGUCUGGAAACAGAGGGAGGGGAGGAGAAGAAAGUGAUGAAUGAGAGAGAGGAAAGAAGGAGCCUGCAGGUGUGUGUGUGUGUGUGUGUGUGUGUGUGUGUGUGCGUGUGUCAUUUGAGAUAGUGCUGUGUAGUGAUAUACCUGAGGUGGUUCGCGUUGUGUUACAGCUCCACAAUUAGACAGAAACUGGACACUCGCAGCAAUCUGACAGUCGACCUGAGGCUCUGUGUGUUUGUGUGUGUGUGUUUGUGUGACAGAUAGACUUCUUCUAAGUGGUUCUACUUCCUGUUUCCUAUGUCCCUGCAGUUGUUUCUGCCCUCAGGACGUGGUGGAAGAGGCUGUGCUGCUGCUGCUCAUCACAGAGUCCAUGGUAAGACACACACACACUCUCCCUCCUCCCUGCUUACUCCAUAUUUCUUGCUCCUUUUUCCUUCCCAAACUCAAACAAAAAAAGCCUGAAAAUUUCCCUCCCUUAGUUUUUCUCCUCUUCCUCCUCCUCCUCCUCCUCCUCUACCUGCUCUUCCUCCUCUUCAUCACUCAGAUUCUGUCUCUGUUCAGGCCAGCGGUGAGGCGGUGAUCAGUCGUCUGCCUGACCAGGCCGAAGCUCGCAAGGCCAGCUUACAGGAUGCCAGCUCUGUGUACGACCUGCUCACUAUCGGCAUGGCCAGGAGGGGGCAGUACGGCAUGCUGUCUGAGGUAUGCUGACACACACACAAACACACACACACAUACACAAAAACACACACACAGACACACACUUGAUGCAAGAGGUCAUGAGACAGAUGAAAUGUGAGAAAUAAGAGCUUUGUCUUUCCAAAACCUUUACAGACUUCCUCCUCUCUUUCUCUUUUCUCUUCUUUCUUAUCCUCUUUCUCUUCCUCUCUCUUAUGUUACUCUCUUGCUUCAAAUUCCUUCUUCAUGUCACUUUUACAAGCUCUCCUAUUGUGACCUAUUAUAAGUCGUGGGGCUGGAGGUUAAAGGGGUCACUCUUAAAUUAGGUUUGUCCACCUGUCGGACUGAUUCAUAGACGGAAUCAGUCAUCCAAUAAGGAGGACCACACAUGCACUCGCACACAGCCACAGACACACACAUGCACACUGUGAAUCACUUGGCUGAUAUGUAGUUGGUGUGGGUCAUUUAUCAACGAUGGGGUGUCAUUUGCCUCUGACGUGAUAAAAGGAUUCACACUGAUUGAUUGAUUGCUGACUGAAGCUUUUGUGACUCCUGCAGGCUCUGAUUCAAACAUCCAUAAUCAGCUGGUAUAUUAUAUGUUUGCAUACAUGUUAUAUUCUUAUAAGUUAUACCAGUACUUGAAUUCUCCUUCAGGAAAAUGUUUUACAGAGAUUAAAAAUCAGAAAAACACACAAUACUUCAAUUACAACUUUCAACAGCAACCACUCGGCAUUUCUAGGAAUAUAAUUCAAGGAAACCUGGAAAAUCUGCACCGAUUUUAACAGUUUGCAGAAAAACAUGGGCUUAUAAUGGAAAAACUAUUCAAAUCCUGUGGUGACAUGAAGGAAAGCAGUACAGAUUCAUGUAUUUGUAUCUGUUUUCAUUCAUGUAUUUGAUGAAAACACAGUCAACCUAUUUCUCUCAGGGUCAUUUUAAAUAUAAAUACUGAAUUAUUAAAUCAAACCAGAAGACUUUGUAUCUCCAUAAUACAGAUUGACCUCUUUUGUUUUGGAUAUUUUUUGUAUAAACACUUUGUACCCAACGACUACAGGACCGGCUUAAAUUGUUAAUCUGCUUGUGAGGAGAUCAUCUCAUCAUGAGUUUUAUAAAUAACAUGUUGUUUUCAAACAGAAAAACAAAUAGAAAGAAUUCCUCAGUUUUUUGUCUAUGUGCAGAAAAACAGACUUAAAGCUCUCUUGAGGAUUUUUUAACUAGUUAUGAUUCAGACUGAUAUUUUUACUGAUGUUUCAUGUUGUUACUCAUCUUGAAACAAAGUGAGUAACAGCAUUAGAUUAGAUUAGAUUAGAUUAGAUUAGAUUAGAUUAGAUUAGAUACAACUAAACAGCACUUUCUAUACAUUUGGGCUCAUUUAGUCCAUAUUUGAAUAUACGGUGUACAUAUAAUGGUGUAAUGUUAGAUACCCAAACCAAACUCUGUAAAGUUUCUUUUUUUAACUUUGAUUUAUACAAUCACAUCUCUGUUGUCACAAGAGAAUUUACCACAGUAGGGGAUCAAUAACCGUAUUUUUCGGGCAAUAAGGCGCACCGGAUUGUAAGGCGCAUUAAGCAUUGAUUGGUUUAUUGUUGCUAGCGCAUACUCCAGGCCCGGGCUGCUUUACAUGAAUGCACUUUCAGCUAAGACAUUACAGGGGUCCUGUUAUGGGGUUGAUCGGGUAGUGACGCAGCGUACUGUAAUGUUCCGAAUAUCCAUUGAGCAGAGCGGCUUUGUUGCUUACCAAAGUCGUACUUACACAUUUCAACAGAUUUUUAAACGCAUUGUACCACGUAAAACCAGUCAGUAAACACAAGUAAUCAUACAUAAGGCGCACUGUUAAGUUUUGAGAAAAUCUGAGCAUUCUAAGUGCGCCUUAUAGUCCGAGAAAUACGGAAAGUAUAUCUAAUCUUUAAGUGUGAAACACAGAUGUUAAAAACAGAUGUGUUUUCUUGCUUUUGUAAACUGCUUACUUCAAGGUUUGGCCUGAACCUGAUGUCAAAAUCAAGCAUUUUUAGAAGCUUAUAAGUGCUGAAAGGAUGAUUGUCACCUAUGUCAGUAUAAAAUUAUCAAGUAACUACUCUAUGUGUCCUGGACUCACAUGAUAAAAGAUGGAAAAUGAAUAGGUCUUCUUUAAAAUAAGGCUGAGAUAAGAGAUACUGGUAUCUCCACAGGGGGCGCCAGAUUCAACACAAACUGAUAGUUCCUCACAGGAGACUUUAAAUGAUCUGAUGUCAAAAAUAGAGAUUUAUGAUUGACGAUUAACAAGUCAGGCCAAUUUACUGGGCUGAUUAAUGGUGUUUUAAAACAGUCAGCGUCCACUGAAAUCUGGGUUCAAAAGGCUGAUUAAAAACAAGUAUGAUAGGGUGACCAUAUUCUGAAUCCCUAAAAAGAGGACACGACUACACGGGGGCGGACUCAUGGAGUCGCACUUAGUAAAUUUUGAGAUUUUUUCGGGUCGGAGCGAGUGUUUUUUUUAUGCGCUUCCAACUCAGCAAGUCCACGUGACACAAAUUCAAAACUUCCGCACAAAACCACGGACAUUUGAAGAAUUUUAUAAACUUCUUUGGACACAGCUAGACAAAGCCGGACAGCCCCCCCAAAAAGAGGACAUAUUCGGGCUUAAAGAGUUUGAUCACCCAAAAGUGUGAUGUCUGCAGACUCUGUCAGUGUUGCUGCUGUCGAGUAAUGUUAACAUCCUCUUCAGUGAUGACACAUUUUUCCCACCACUCAUGAAAAGCAGCAGCUGCAGCAUAUUAAUGUGAACGCUCCUAAAGCGCAUCUUUUAUAAAAGUUAAACAGCUCUCUAGCACAGGUCCAUGAUUUCUUUCAUAUAAUAACAUUUGAUCAGUGUUUUGAAAUGUGUGUUUAACAAAUAAGCUUAAAUUUGCUAAAUGAGAGUAAGAAUUAGGUCAAACAGAAAUGGCAGCUGUAGACACUCUGGAGGUUUAUAUUGAAGGUGAAUGAGGAUUUACCUUUUUCAGGAUUUUAUGUUGUAAAAUGAAUCUUAGGAAGUAUCAUGACAGUGAAAAGGACAAGUUUUGUAAACCUCAUGAUAAAAGAAAACAGAAAAAGUAAACUGAGUAGUUAUCCAUUACUGUUGUUGUACUGAGGAGUUUUACACCACUGUCAGUUUUUAGGCCCAGCUCUACAUAUUGAGCGAGGUUAAACUGGGCUUUGUUAAGUGUAGAGGCAGAUUUAGCUGGGUUAACAAAGGUCAGUGCCAUUAUGCUUGAAGCAGCAACAGCUACAGAUCGCAGUUUUGCUGUAUAUUUAACUCAUACUCAGCUCAGUCAUGUUUUUACUUUACGAUAAACCCAGAUGUAAACGUAACACCAGAGUAUUUUGAGCUCCGUGCAGCAGGAUGUCUUUGUCUGCAUGUUCAACACUCAGAAACCUCUCUGCUUAUCGCACAUUAUUGAAUCAGAACAUUACUCACAGCUUUUUCCUGCUUCAGUUCACCUCUGCAUGACUGACACCAGCUGACUGAGAGCGCUCCACGCCAUCCACCGCUUGUCCACAUACACAUCAAUCACAUCAUUACAGACUGAAGCAGUGCUGAGUGGGUGCUGAGGGGGGGCUGACAGUCAUUUCAAGCUAAUAAGAAGUAGUACAGAGGAGCGACCUGUCAGUUUAGUAGCUUUUAAAAUGAGACACAUUUACUUUAAGGGGAGUUUAAGCCGUUUUUUUUACCUGGCAGCUCUUUUUGAUCGAUUUGGGUUGGUGUGCCAAAGGGAACAAAAAAAGAGACCAGAAUUCAACUUCAAAAAGUACAAGGAUGCAUUCACAAACUGGGUUCACCUGGUCAGACUCUCUGCCUUCAUCUGUGCCCUCUGUUUGCAUCCCACCUGCAGGAGUUUUAUCAUUUUACCUUAUUUGUGUGUCUGCAGUGUCUGGAGCGAGCUAUGAAGUUUUCUUUCAACGAGUUCCACCUCUGGCACCAGCUGGGCCUGUCACUCAUGGCAGCCGGGAAGGUGAGCUCAUUUCUCCUUAAAUACCAGCCACACACACACAGACACACACACACACACACACCAUGACACACUAAGACACACCCGAAGGAGACAUCCAUCUUCUGCCACCAUACCCCUCUACUUAACACUGUAUUGCUCUUUACUCACCCUUUUCACCAGACAUAAAACAAAUAGCAUUCACAGAUAGAUGUAAGAAAGUCAGUGUCUUAUUGUAAUGACGUCUUUAAAAUACAUUGAAAGUAGUCUACAAAUACAUCUGUUGAUUUAUGAAUCAAAUGAUGCAUUUGUCUUCAUGCACCUGGUGUCAUCUGCUGCUAAAAAAAAAAGUUAUUAUAAAUUAUUCUGAGAUAUUUUUCAGUCUAUUUGCAGCCAGGUGAGGUUGAAUGUUUUUAAUUCGUUUGCAAAAUGGAAAUCCUUCGCAGAAGCUGAAAUAGCUAGCAGUCCCCUCCGUGUGUGUGUGUGUGUGUGUGUGUGUGUGUGUGUGUGUGUGUGUGUGUGUGUUUGAGACAGAGACAUUGAUCUGGGCUGCAGGAUAAAGUGACACUGCAGAUCAAUGGAGAGCUCUAGAAAUAGGCUGCUGCUCCCUAGAAGGAGUAGGGGCCGCCUCAGCGUCGUCAUAUCCACUUCUAUUUAGGGCCAUCUGAGUGUGUGUGCUGGUGUGUGUGUGCGUGAGAGCGUGCAUGUGGUCCAUUAAUGAUUGGCCUACAUGUAUUAAGUGACUGUGUGUCUAAAUGGGUCUAAUAGGGCUGUGUAAGGACAGAUGAUGUGUGUUUGAUUCACUCCAUUAAAAGCAAUUCCAUUUCAUUAGUAGUUGUUGUGCCAACAUGAUUCAGUUUAGUCAUAUGUGUGUGUGUGUGUGUGUUUGUGUGUGUGUGUGUGUUACAGGGUGUCGGUGCAGUGUCUGUAUUUAAAGAAUGCAGCAGGAUGAGACCAGAGGACCCCUCGUUGCCCCUAUUGGCUGCUAAAGUCUGCAUUGGUCAGCUGCACUGGGUGAAUACACACAAAGCAUUCACACACACUUUAUAUUAAAAGAAAAACAAAACACACAAACAGCCGGAGGCUCAGAGGAAGGAUUUAUUCUUAUUCUAACAGUGCUUUUGCUGUGGUGAUUUUGCUCCACAUUAUGCAGAGAAACUUGUUGCUGUGAUACCUUUGAGUUUAAUUCAGAUGACUCCCUGUAGGUGGAGCUGUUCUCCUGUCUGUUCAGCCACAUGCUGCUCCAUUAACUCCUGUUUUUGAGGGGCGGAUACAGCAGAGCAGCAGCAUGUGGUUAUCUCUACAUUUAUAACAGAUCUGAUCAUCAAAAUGAUGACACAAUGGAUCUCAUGUUUGACAAAAAGGUCAUUUCUGAGUGUUUAGUGGCAUAUAUUUGAAUAAGAGCCACUUUUACAUUUGUCUAAAAGUUAUUUGAAUUAAAUAACCUUUGACAAGAAUCUAUAAGUAUUUGCUUUAACUUUUUACAGCGCAGUUUAACCCUUGAAUCUUUGGUUUCACCCUGAGCAGUCAGGAUCUUCACUGAGGGUGGAGAAAUGACCGUAGUGCCUAUUGAGAGAUAAUUCGAUCGUAAAAAAUCUAAGUUAUUCUUUCAACUUUUACCAUCUAGUUGUACAACUGUGUCCCCUCUGAUAUCGUCAGGACUCCAUAGAGGUAAGGUCAGCUAGCCUCACUUUCAGUUCAUGCUGAAAUAUCUUGACAUCUUGACACUUUAGGAAUUGAUAUGAAAUUUGUGACACACAUUCAAGAGGAGCUGUAAUAAGCUGUAAUAAGGUUCAUCCUUCAUCCAGUCUGUUGCAGAUAUUUCUAAAUUUUCAUAAUAUGAAAUGAUGUUGUUGGACACCAGAUUAACAGUGACCGACAAAAAAGUUCCCCUCAUCUCUGGGUAUUCUGAUUACUAGUACUUUGUUAAAUUUUUGAAAUAAGAGAUAUAUGUGCCCCUUUUCUUUAGCCAGAAAUCACAUUUAUUUAUCAUUUAACAAAUCUUAAAAGAGAAAUUUGUUUAUUAUUUUUUCAUAUAAAAUUUUGUUAAUUUUGGAAAGUGAUUUUAUACACUAAAAAGCCAAGAAUAUUGCAGUUGUAUUGCAGUAAGUAAUUUAGGGAUUGCGAAAAAAACAUUCUCUGAGAGGUUGUUUUCUGUUCGUUAUCAAGGUCAUUUCUUUUAUGUCUUGUAGUGCAUUUAUAACUUUUUAUUUCUACCCCAUCUAUAGAGGGUAAUUGUUCUGUUGAAAACCAAAGAACCCCAUAGUAAUAGUAAAAUGCCUCUUGAAGUGGCUUUUGUUACCAUUACAUUUCCUUUAUAUGUAAGUGGAAGGUUUCUACAAACUUAAAAAUCAUUUGUAACUUAGAAGUAGAGAUUUUUUUUUGUAAGUCAGCAACAAAGAUAAUACCUCUGUCAAUUCACAUAUAUAUAUUUAUUAUUAUUAUUUUAACAUUUUUACAAAAAUAUUUUUUAGCAUGCUAAUCAGCCAAUAUUAGCAUAGUAUACUGUAACAUGGUGACACAGACUGUGGAUACAAAGAGGACAAAUGCUAGUAAAUGACUGCUAGUUGUAGAAGAAACCUGGUUCUGUAGAAAUCUAUCAGAAAAUAAGCCCACUCCUUUUUUAAUUCAUGACCUCAGCAAACAUUUGAGUUUAUGGUCUCAUUCUCCAGUUUUGAUAGUUAUGAUAUUAUAGACCUAUUUAGAGCCAAACAGACCUCAGAUAAGGGGAGAGUUUAUGACAGAGCUGCCUGUGUUUGACAAGUUACUGCAGCUGCAGUGUGAAAAUGUCUGCUGAUGUGCCGUCUAACUGAAAGUCAGACAUCUCCGAGGUUCUGUUAAAGCAAAGUGAACCAUGUUAUUAUUGUCAGUCUGUGAUUUUACAUCAUUUGUCUGAUAUUAAGGGGAUUUAUAAAGGCGGGGCAACUUGACACUGAAAUGUUGCCACAUGUAGAAUCACAGACAGAUGAAAUGCAUUUUGACCAUCUCCUCCAAAAAUGGUCACCACAAAACAUAAGAUGCCAAACUCAAUGCUUCAAGCUGAGUUUACAGACCUGCGGGUGUGAAGCUUUUAAUGGUUUCAAAGUCACGCCUUUCCAAACAGUGAAUAGAGCCCACGUACACCAAAUGUCAGCAUAUAAGCUUGUUUAUGUUAGCAUUUAGCUCAAAGCCCUGACUCUCCUGCGCUGUGUUACUUCUUUGUGUUCAAUCACGUUACUGCACACCAUGCAGUAUUAAGCUCUCUUUGGGAAAUCAGAAGUUAACGUGUGAAAGAGAGUUUUCUUCAUGUGAAGAUGAGUGUAGAUCUAUGCUUUUAGUUUCUACAUGUACCAGGUCUCAUUGCAACCUUUGCGUCAGACUGCUGCAUCUCUUCAAACCACAAUUUACAAUUUCGAGUAUUUUUUUUUUUUGUUGUGCCACAAAUAAAUGCAUCUCUGUAUUCAGUUAGUGUGCCACAUAAUUUGGGAUGCUGGUUAUUCCCCUUCAAGCUUAGGUGUGCACAGAGCUGAAAAAGAGUCCCUGAAAUAUCCCUUAGUUCUUCAGGUGAAUAAACCUCUGUGCACUGAAUGUCCAGCCACACAACUGCAACAGUUUUCACACUAUAAACCCAGCUUAAAAAAAACAGGGAGGGAAAUAUGAGAUCAUUUGUCUUUGAAGAGGUCACAGACUUCAGUAACCCAUCAAUAAUUGUCAACAGAAUAGUGACACCAAACUGAACAGAAGUCAAGUUUAAGAUUUUAGAGACAUACUGUAAAUCUGUUUAAUAUCUGGAACUGCAGAUGUGCCACAUAUCUACACAUCAUUACCUACAGUCAGCUUUCUAAUCUCUGUGUGCUCAAUGUCCAGUAAAAGCUGCCUCCUCUCCUGGUGAUGAGCUCAAAGGUGAAAUUGGGUUUAAAAAUGUGUCUCUAGAAGUAGAGCAGCUGAAACACAGCCACGCUUCACUGUGUCUCGAAUGUUCGAGGAUUGACACUAGGGUCACUAAGGCAGAUAUGGACCAUGGUGAAAAGUCCUGCUGUUUAUGACCAGGAGGGAGAGAGUGACAUCAUGAGAAGAGGGAGGGUGGGUGAAUGGGUGAGGUUGAGACAAACAGAGAGAGGGAGAGAAAGGGGUCAGAGAUUAGGAGAGAGGAGCUAACGGGGCGAGUGGAUAGAGCACAUCUGUCAGAGGCUGGAGAUCAUGGCAGGCCGGAGACACUAAGGAGCUUACAGCCUUAAUCACAAUGGGACACUACAGCCAUAGUGCAGUGGGGCAUUACAUAAAUGGGCCACCAUUAUCCACCAUCAGCUCCACUGGACAGUCAGAACCAUAAUCCACCCAGCAACAUUGUUAUUUUUGCUCAUUGUGGCACCACACAAGUGCCAACAAGGCCAAAUAUGAGAGGGGAGAAUUUUCGCUGUUUUCCGAAGUGAAAUAAUUCAGUGCUGAAGAAAGUGAAACUGUCAGAGCGUGGAAAAUUAUUACUAUUAAAAUAACAGGCAUGAAUUUAAAGUAUGAGGAGUAACAUCUGACAAUUUAAAACCCUGGUUUUAUAAUAGUUGUGUGAAGUGUUACUAAAGACAGAAUCUGGUGGUUUUCUUUGCAGUGGGAGGCACUGCAUGGGCCCAAAAUCACUUUCAAAAACACUACUUAUACACUCAGUUUGUGAUUUCAUCCACAAAUGCAGGCUGAACCUGAAACAUGCAAAGGGUAUACUGUAUGUAAACAUGAUCCAGAAACGCUGGUGACUCCUCAGAGCUCAAGUCUGUUUAAGAUGGACCAAGGUGAAGUGAAAAACAGGUACCUCUUAAGGGGGUUCCAAUGGGAAGACACUAUAAAUGCUGAACAAUACAAGUACUGGAGCAACACAUGCUGCCACCCAGUGCUGAUUUGCAUAAAACAGCAAUAGGAUGUGGAUUUAUUGUAUUUUUUUUGUAAUACAACAGCAUGGCUCUGUAGGAGAAGAGUCCUGCUAAUCUGUCGGCAGUCUCAGCUUGUCACCUGUUGAAAACCUUGGGUGUAUCAUGACAUAAGAAUUAUAACAAAGGAGACCCUGUAUCAGGCAAGAUCAGGACUUUUCACUAUCAGAACCUCAGUGACUGGUAUCCUUGGUCCAGAAAUGUUAGUGUUGUUAAAAACGAGGUGAUGCUGCACAAUAGUAACCAUGUCCCCACCGCAAUUCUUUUUGACAUAAGGGGCAAUAAAAUGACACAAACCAAAAGUUACUGACAGGAGGUUUAAGUUGAAUUACUCGGUCUAAACAUGAGUAAAUUCAUGGAGGAAGAUCUCUGACAUCUGACUUCACUUUAGUAAAGCUCCUGUGAGGAACUUGUCCUGUACGUACCGGCCACGUGUCUACUGGCAAAAGUCUUAUCCUGCUUUCUUUUUACAGACAAACGUGUCGGUAACUUUGAUUAUUUGCUGUGUAAGAAGCAAAAAUAGUUUUGUUUUUUUUGCAUGCUGUCAUUCCUCCGGUCUUACAUUGACCACCCACAGAAGUUACACAUGGUUCAAUCUGCCAAAUAGACAUCAUCAGUCUCAUUUCUGAUAGUCAGCAGUUUCAUUGGGUGUUGACUUUGGCGCCCCCUGUUGACAAGGCAGAAAUUCUUUUCUCUUCGUUUGAUCUUGGUGUGUAUAUGUGCAAAGUAGUGUGUUCCUGUUUUCUUUAGAAAAAUCUGAUGUAUUGCUCAUAGUGAAUCUAUGCUCUGAGAAUGUAAACAAAGUCUGUUUCUGCAGUCUGCUGUUAAUCUCCUCAUCCACGUCUACCAGGUGGCGGCAGCUACAGGCAUUAAAAGUAUGUGCAUAGAGAUAAAUCAGUCGUCUUCUUUGUGGGUUUGUUUUUUUAGGUUAUAUAGAAGCGUCCGUAUAAACUCCAGUCUGUUUCGUAACCAGAUAUAAAAACUCCUCGCAUUAGUAAAUCCUUUCUCCCUCUCUUUAAUUUUCCAAUGCAAAGAAAUUGUGUUUGUUUCCUGACUUCUAUAACGCCUCUGUCCAUGAAUGUGGAGCAGCAGAGGAUGUCUGAUCACAUGAAACCCUGUGCAGACCUGUGACAUCACCACACUGUGCUGUCUAAGAGCAAAACUGCUCUUUUCAAUUCCUGGAGAGCAGUUUUGCAGAUGCAAGGUUUCCACCCGACAGCAACUGCAUGUUCUCCUUUCACACCAUUCAAGAGUCAAAGAGAAAAAACCUAAUCCUCCUCAGAUGUGCAUGGGUGCACUGUGUUUAAAAGGCUGCUUUUGUGUGCUGGCUUUGAACUGAGGGCUGGAUUCACAGAAAGAGACAGAGAGAGAGGAGAGAGAAGGAGGAGGAGGAUGAAGAAGAAGAAGAAGAGGAGGAGGAGGAGGAGGGUGUCGGAGCAGUUGGCGUGCUGUCAAAGAUAUAACCCCCCCUCCACACCCACCUGCCCCCCGCCCUCCACCAGUCAUACCUCACACACUCUGACACACUUUCUCCUCUGCUCGACCACACACUCCGCCUGCAGUCUGCUGCUUGUGUGUGGGCGGGUGUGUGUGUGUGUGUGUGUCCUUCAGCAAACUCUGCGUCGUCCUUCAGCUGAAUCUACUCUGACUGUCCUCACACUAAACUCACAGCACGCUCAGACAUCAAGACUCCAUUCCCUGCUGCACCUAACACACAUUUUUGUCUCCUCGCACACACUCAAGGAGAGGAGGAAACUGCAGGUCCUGUUUACAGAGCAGCAAGAGACAACUGUAGACCAUAUGCUGUAUAUGAAAGUGAUGUGACCACUGAGACCUGUCUGACGUGUUAGCAUCGCAAAUUUUUCUCCUCAUAACUAGAAUUAAUCAAAUUUGGAUAAGAUUGUGAACCUAGAGAGGACAAAGGGUUAGCUCAUCUGAAGCUGGGCUAGUAAGGUUCAUCUUUCAUCCAGUGUGACUGAGGUAUUCAGUAUGUUUGUUUUAGUUUUCAGAAAGCAGCCAAGGAACACUUUAUUUUGGCUGUGAAUAAAAUAGCAUUAUUGAUUGCCAAAAACUGCAGUUCCUUAAAUGUCCACUUGAGGCUCACUCUAAAAAUGAGCGAAACCUUGUAGAGUCGGUGUUAAAGGGAUAUUCUGGUGUAAAAUUAAUUUAGGGUCAAACACACCAUAUCACCGAGUUAGACACCCCCUCAAGAGAUGAAUGUUGCCGACCGCUUGUUUCUCUAGUUAUACCAACUUUAGUAACGACCACACAAUAGCAAUAAACAUCAGUCUGAGGAGCCAUAAACAAACCUCAACCAAAACGCCACUCUAUAGACACAAAUAAUGCUCAGAACAGAACCUAACUUCAUCAACAGUACAUAUACAGUCCUAACCAUAGUACUAGUUAAAUUAAUUUUACGCCGGAAUAUCCCUUUAAGACAGGAGGUAGAGCGGUCGUCCAAUGACCGGAAGGUUGGCGGUUCGAUUCCCCCCUAAUCCAAGUCUGUCCGUUGUGUCCUUGGGCAAGACACUUAACCCACCUUGCUCCCAGUGUGUGUCCUCCACUGGUGUAUGAUUGUGAGUGUUGUGUGGUGGUGGUCAGAGAGGCCGUAGGCGCAGAAUGGCAGCCACGUUUCCACCACCACCAAAGUGUGACUGUGUGAGCGAAUGAGUGAUGUAUCCAAUGUAAAGUGCUUUGAGGGUCUCUGAUAAAGCGCUAUAUGAAAUCUGAUGCAUUAUUAUUAUAAUUAUUAUUAUUAUUAUUAUUAUUAAGAUGUCAAACUGAGCAGCUGAAAUAAACAUAUUCACAGCCUCUUUAAACAGUUUGGCCCUUGUAGCCGUUUUUCAGAAUCCAUGUUCACAGUUCAACUGUUAUAUGAAGAAAAAAAAUCAUGCGUAAUUAGUGCGUUGCUUUUUUGCAUUGCAGGUGCAAGCUGCUAACGUUCUGCGUGUUGUAAUCUCAGCUCAUUCAACCACUGAAUUUAACCUCUCAGCUGUGUUUGUGGAGUUGCAGCCUUUUUGGAAAUUAUCUAUGCAAAUAUCAGAUAAAUAAUAUCCAAUCGAAUAUAUCUCAAUGAUGAUAACAUAGCUUGCUUCUUUUUUCACUUUACGACUGUAGUGACUUGUCGAGUGCUUGUAGCCUGCCCUUUUUUAUACCCUAUUUGACUUUAAAUGGGUCCAUCAUUCACAGAAAUAAUAUCAAGUUUUAUCAAAAAUUUAAAUUAAAGAUUCUUUUGCUGUAAACUCAUUUAAAAAAAUGUUCACUGAGGUUUUAUUUUCAAACCAACGCUUACUGUGUUUCUGAGACAUCUUUAAGUCAACUCAUCUAGAAUUUAGCAAGAACUGAUUAAGUGACUUUGCUUGUGUGUGUGCAGUUUGAGGAGGCAGAGGCCCUGUCGCAGAGCGUGUUGUCAAUGGGGGAAGAAGCUGGAGAGUUUUUACCGAGAGCCUACCUGGCUCUGGGGCUCAGCUGUAGUCUGCAGGCCUCUGAAGGUAAGAACAUGUUAACAAACUUAAGGAUGAAACAUCCGUAAGAUUUCAUAUUUUUGCACAUUUUUAUAACAUCAUUGUCUGCAUAAAAUAAAGAGUGAACAUUGUGUCUCUGUGUCUGUCUGCAGCCACCCUAAAGGCCGAUCGCAAUGAAUUCAACAAACGAGCACUUCAAGCUUUGAACAAGUAUGUUCCCCAAUCGUCCGUUUUCUAUCACGUGUUUGCAUUUGUUUUUGUCUGAGCAACAGUGAAAUCUAGAGUCAUACUGCUAUCCAGAUUGAUUUUGCUAAAUGAUGUUAUUCCAAUUAGAUCGAUAUUCAAAAAGAAAACUACAUAAACUUUAUGGUAGUCAGUGAUAAAGGACGCAUUAUUUGUUUUUGUUUUGUAUCAGUUUAAAAAGUGUGUACUGUUCCUUAGUUUGAUGGAGUUUGUUGUUUAAAGCAUAGCAUUAGAUAAUCUGCAUAAUCCACUAUGACUUGUCUAGUUGCCCACUGAGCAUAUUUUGGGCUAAAAGAGGUCUAAUAGACGUCUAAAUGUAGCCUAGAUGACUGGUCUAAAAUCAGACUACCACAGGUCUAAAAAUGAAAGUUUUUUAGACGUCUAAAUUUAGACUGAGUUUAGACUAAAUCUAAAUCUGGGCUAUAUCUAUACUACACUGUUUAUUGCUCAAUGACUAUCAAAAUUAUUUUGGUUACGUACUUCGAGAUCAGUUAUGCAACUCACAGUUGCUUUUUGAAAUAACAAGUUAUCCAAUAAUGGCUUAAAGUGCAACGUCUAAAUUUGUCUAUUGCUCAGUGGUUGUGGCGCUGUUUAACUGCAGUGUUUGUUUUUUCUUUUUUUAAAAUUAACUCAAAGAACUGGAAUAAACUUUAAAGCAGUAAAUUUAAAGAAACAAUAAUCAAAUUUUAAAAGUAUUUUAGUCAUGAGAACCUUUAUUAACCUGGUAAAAAUCGAUAUAAACACCAAACAAACCAAAAUAACUGGACUCCCUUUACUAUACUUUAUCCCAUCAUUAGUAUAAGAAUGAGAAAAUGAAGGGGGUUCACAUUAAAUAAAACUUUAUAGAUUUAAGUAAAUCAUAUAAAUUCUGGAAAUGAUUGAAAAUGUUGAAAUGAAUGUUGAUGAUACAUGAUGCGAACACUUGAAACUCAUUGAUGAUGCUUUCACAGUUUUUAUAUUGAAGAUCAUUUGUCUCUUAUACAGAUCUUCAACAACCUCUGACAUUCCUUUUAUUUCAGCUCAUAGUCGUGUCGUUUCUAGAUUUGUGGUUUUAUAGCCUUCAAUAUCCGGCGUCAUUAACUCAUCCAUAAACUGGUGACUCUAUAACUCAAAGAGACACUUGAAUGGCUGUAAACUUUUAUUUCACAGCACAGAUUACAGGGUUUUUUGAGAGUUUGAUGCAUAUAUCAAUCAGAUACACGCUGUCUUGCUAACGUGAUAUAACCCAGCAGGUGGUCUUUCACUCUCCUGCACAGGGCUCACUCAUUAGACCCUCAGGACGCUCAGAUCGCCAUGUAUCUGUCUCUGCAGCUGGCUCUCAUACGUCAGGUAAAAGACUUGGUGCACAGAUUUGUUUGUUUUUUUCUAAUCCCAAAAUGUCACAGGCUGUAAAUCUUACCUGAGCUGUGUCUGGCAGGUAUCAGUGGCCCUGGAGCCCCUGCAGGCAGCUCUGUCUUUGCGUGGAGAUGACGUAAACUCGCUCCACCUACUGACCCUGCUGCUGAGUGCCCAGAAACACCACCGCCAUGCCCUGGACACCCUGAACCUGGCCCUCAGCCAGCACCCCGGCAACUUCAAGUAAAGCCCACCAACACAACCCACUCACACAGGAAAAAGUUGGUGAAAAUGUCGGUGAAAUGAGGAUAAAGAACCGAUCGAUCAAUAGCUGUGCAGAUUACACUUUUUAGACUCUGUGUGUGUAUUUAUGAGUGAGAGGAGCUGAAAUAAGUGGUGCAGAGGGACCCAGUCGUAACACCAGUCCUCUCCACAGGGAUUGGGUGUCUCAGCUUUACACUCGCUCACACACACACACACACACACACACAAACACACACACACACACUUGAACACACUUGACGCCUUAUUUAGACGUGCUGGAGGGGAGGCCUGCAUUGCGGUACCUCUGCCCCUCAUUCGCUCUCACCCUUUUAACACUGCAGCUCUGACCCGAGUCAAGUGCUGUCCUCUUACAAAAAUAACAUAUUUAAUGAAUUGAACACCUGCCUGCUGCUUUAUUCAGGUCAAAACAUCAGAAACUGGCGCUGCAGUUACUGUGUGGCAGGCAGGGAUUAAGUGAUCUGCUGUUUAAUCAACCUGUGACCUUUUGGCUGUCGGUUUUGAUCUGAAGCAGCGCUACAACAAUUUCAGAAACAUUUGGGUUUAAAGGUUAUUUUCUUACCUUAAUCUCUUACAGUAUUUACUUUUGUAGUUUUAUUACAGUCAAAAUAAAAUCUAGAAAGCAGAAGAGGGUUACAUCAUGUAGAUUUAAAUCCGCAUAUUAGAGAACAGGGAAGAAAAGAAGCUCAAGUAUAGAAAUGUCUGUAACCUUAAAUGUUCAAGGUCCACAUGAGGGUGGUCUCACAUGGAGAUACUAAAGGGGCAGCUGUGGCUCAGUGGCAGAGUCACUCUGAAAGUCUGGGGUUUGAUCCUGCUGUCCACAUGCUGAAGUGUCCAACCCUCCCCUUCAGGCUGCGCCCACAAUGUGUGUGAAUGCAAUGUGAUAAAACUGAUGAGUGCUUCACAUAGCAGCCUCUGCCAUCAGUGUGUGUGAAUGUGACAUAGAAGGCAAAAGCGCUUCGAAUCAACAACUGUUUUCUGUUCUGUGAUUGUUGGAGUAGUUUAAUAUUUGUCACAACUUUUAGUCCAACCUUUAAAAUUUGUCGGCAGGUUUCACAGAGGUGUCUAACAAGUUUGAUGUGAAAAUGCAGUCCCUAUUAUUCCAUGAUCCAACCAAAAUUAAGAAAUAUUAGAUCAAUGAUGAUUUGGAAACUUUUGUCUUCUGUGUCAAAGGCUUUCAAACCAAUAUCUGAAAAAAGAUUAUUACACCAAUACUCCUUUUAAUAGUUCCCAAAACAUGUGCAGGCAUGUGACAGUGAUGUUUGUAAGAAGAGUUCAGGUUGAAAUUAUCCCUUUAAUGCCUGAAACCACAAAUUAUGGCCAGAAAAUUCAAACUUUUUUGAAGCUGAAAUGUUUAGUUCACUAACUACUGAAAACCCCCCAAAUCUAAAUGUACUCGAAAUUUAACAAAUAUAUUUAUCUUGUUUGUUUUUUGGAAACUGAUAAACCACAAAAGACAUUUUUAUCAUUUAUCGGACUGUAUUCAGGUGUUAAUUUUAGUAAUUUGUUGAUCAUAUUGAUUUGAUAAAAGCAUAGUAAAAGUAUGUACCAAAUAUGAUACAAAAGGCAUUAAAGGGUGAAGUAGUUUGGAGAGGAACCUUAAACUGAAAGCUUGACUCUAAACUUUCUUUGGGAGAGAAGAACACCUGAUUAGGAAACAUUAGUUUUUUAUCCCUAGCAGGUUUAGAUUGGUAUUUAAGAGUCUUACAACAUUACAGAGAAAACCCCCAAUAAAGACAGAGAUUUAAGAAGAAGAUUGUUUUCUGAUGCUCAGGCAAUUUUAAGCUGUUUGGAUUUUUUUAAAGCAUGAGUGACAUGGCUGAAAACUUUUAGGGUUGCUCCAGUAGAUUCAGAUUGCUUGGCAGUGGUUUUGGCCUGUUGUAGUAAAACAGGCUGUAAUAGCUGCAGGACCGUCCCUACUGAGGAUUCACUAAGAGGUCUUUGCUUUGUUUGUCUUUAUAAGUGUUUGACAACAUUACAGAAAGCCUCCUGGGAAGAUGACAAUUUGAAGUGACAAAAAGAAGUUGCAUGACUUUCAUACAAGCCUCAGGACUCACAGACAAAAGUAAAGUUAAAUUUUACCUGACAAAGUACAGAAAUAGCGUUUUUCUGUUGUUGUUUUUCUGCAUUGUUUGUGACCUAGCUAUUGUGUGCCAAAAAAAAAGGAUUGACCAUUGAGUCUGAUGGUUUUAGGUUAUGUGGGUGUGAUUUUCAAUCAUGUCUGGUGGCCUCCAGGAGAUAACAAAUCCUUUUCUUCUCUUACAAAGGGGUCUACCUCCAGAGGGCCCAUUUCUGUAAUGUUGUCAGACCCUGGUAAUACCAAUCUGAGCCUGUCAGUGAGAAAAACAAGAACUUGUAGUAGACACACUUUGAUCAGGAGCAGUUGCCCUUAAGGAUUAAGCCAUUACAGCCUGUUUCACAGCUGCAGGUUAAAACAGUCUACUGGAGCAAAUCCAAAAGUUUUUGUACUUAUGAGUCAGUCAGACCCCCAAACAUGUGAAAGCAGGACCAAGAUUACAAAAUACAGGAAUUUCCUCUUAAGGCAGCUGACAGAAGUCUCAGUCAAAGCUAUUGUGCAAAGAUGCUCUCAUUAUCUCACAGGAAGGCUUUCAGUCAGCCCUCCUUCAAAAGCACACUUCACACUCAUUAGCAGUGCAGGAAGCUCAGUUGUAUCACCAGAGAAUCAACAUUAACAAUCCAGCUCAGUUUCUUCUUUCUAACUGUAUUAUGUGAGGAUGUUGCAUCAUCUUUUCUGAUGUGCUCGCUCUCUGUUGCAAAGCCCAGCAAAGCAUUUCAUAAAGCAGCCAUGUGGGGUCAGUGUUGGCCUCCAUGGUCCCAGCGCAGACAGACGGGGUGCAUCCAUACAUCAGGAGGGAGAGGAAACGCAGAAAAACAAGAGAAGUGAUGAAACAGUGAAGGGAAGGAAACACAGAGACAGAGUGGGUGGAUGGAGGACAGACGAUGGUUUUAUAAUUACACCGGCUUCACUCACCACUGCUGUAUGUACAGAGAGGAAAUCAACGCUCUGUGUCUUUCUCUGAAACACACAAUCUCACACUCAGACACACACAAUCUCACACACACACACACACACAUCCUCCGUAGAGACACUUGACUGCUUUGACCCAUUUAAGAGCUCUUUCCAAGCUCGGCCAAUCACAAUGCUCUCUGCGCCAGGAAUCCCCAUCGCCCCGGUAACCAUGAGGUCAUACGGGUAGAGCAGGCAGCAUCAGUUGUUGUUCCCAAACUGUUGUUAUGGAGCGGAGAGGGAGGGAGGGAGACGUGGAGGCAGACAGGAGGAUAGUUUACUGACUUAAUAUUUACUAAUGGCCCAUUAAUGGUAUAACUGAUUUAUUGGUCUUGAAUCCAUUUAUUAACAUACAAGAUAAACAUCUGCUGGUCUGACAUGACAGAGUAGUUCAACAGAACUGUGUCAGGUUAAAGAUGACAGGCCUAUGAUAGAGUUUUGAUGCAAUAUAUGUUAUAUGUUUGCAUGGUUGCUACAUGAUACAUCUGCUGUAGAGGCCAAAUCAUUGUGGAUCACUGUCUCACUAGGGGCCCAGACUACGAGAUGAGUCCAGCUGAAUUGGGUUAUCCUUUACUAACCCUAACAAAGUUGAUAAUGAUCAGCAGUCUUACAGAGCUGGAUAUUAACCAGAUAAGUUAACCCAGAGUACAGUGAGUGCUUUCAUAUAAAAGGGGGAGAGUGCAAUUCAUCUGACGAAUCACAGACAUGAAUAAGUUUGCCGUUAGAAGAUAUUUCAACAAGCACAACUUUCAUUUAUAUUUAAUAUAUGUAAAAUCAGACAGAUAGACAAAGUGUCCUGUUUGUUUCUCUCAAUCAGCUCACAGGGAUCCAGAAUCCAGCAAUAUGAUUGGCCAGUAGGCAGAGUUUUCUAUAAACUGAUCUCUAAUCUGGAGCAUAUCCUGCUAUGGGGCAGUUUAUGAGAACAGAGUAAUUUACUGUAGGGAUCUAGCCAGGUAGAAGUGAACCCUGAAGUUACAAACCCUCCUUUGUAGCAAACCCCCCUGCUCACUCUCCCCGUCCCAAAUGCAUGUAUUCAGACAGGUGUGCAGUGAAUUUGGAAAAACAACCUUUAUGUUUGUUUUUCCACCAGAGUUUUGAGUUCGUCCAGUGCUCAUUUUUUUGUGUUUUAAUCUGUUUGAUUCCAUUAUUGCAGAUCAUCAAAACUUUUCACUCUAAGCGUCUUUGUGAUUGUUUUUAGGUGAUGCUCGCUAAAUGUUAAAGAACUCACUCUAAACAGAGAUGGUGCAAGUUCAGCUAGCAAACUAGCACCAGCAUUAGGUCAUUGAGUGAUUUAAUUUGCAUCAGUCAAGGGUUGCUAACACAAGCUGAACUAAACUCAAUUAAACUGUAGCUCCGUGGUAACGAGUGCUAUUAAGUUUGGUCAGCUGACGAUUUCAUUGUUUGUUGAGAAACUGAUCCUGUAAUAACCAUAGACUCUAUAUCAUGAUCAGUUUGACAAUAAAGAUUGAAAUGACAGGUAUAUGGUGAAGUUUUAAUGACCUUGUCUGACGAAAAAACACAGCAUGAAAUGAUGAACCCAUUAACCUGGGACCACCAUCUGGCACAUUAUUACACCCCUCACUCUCUGUCCAACUUCUGCUGAGAUAAUGUAAAUCAAUGUUGUUUGUAUCCCAAUUGAAAACAUGUAAAAAAAUAUAUGCAAAUAGAUGCAAAUUUGAUACAAGACGAUUUAGUUUGGACAAGAAAAUUUAUGUUUUACUGUUUGGAAAGAGCCCAAAAAAAUCACAAUUCCCUUCUUGUGCAGAGUAGGAGUUAAGUUGUAGAUCAGGACUCCAAUAAAAAAAACCUGUCUAGCUAAAGCUGCUACUUGUCUCACCUGGUGUGAAAUAUGAACUUUAGCCUUUUUCCUUAUUUGCAACAACCAUUAACAAUAAACCCAAAAGGUGGCAGUAAAAUUGGAGUAAUUAGUGUAGGGGAAUUAAGUUAACAGAAUCAUGUUGGUCAGAAGAAAUGAAACCUCCUGGACACCGAGUCUGACCAAUCAGCUAGCAAGAUAGAUGUGACCUGAUGUGACCUUGAUGUGCACUAGUACUUUUAAAAAGUUUAAACCACUUUACAGCUAACUUUUAAAUUAUCAUCAAUAUAGAGAACAGCAUUGAUUGAUAUUUCCCCAUAAACACCUCGCUAACUUUCAUUUGGUUUUGCGUUUUAACCAGUGUAUGUUUUCCUUUAAAGUAUCAUCUAUGGAGGAAAUAGAGAUGGAUACGGAUUCAUUUAAUCAGUGUUUAGUCACAAGUUGAUCUGAACAUGAUGGCAUUUUAACAGAAACACUGUUUGACCCUCUACUGCAAGCUACCCCACAUCUCCUCUGCAUUAGAAGGGAGGGACAUAAACAUCAGAUACUGGACAAAAUUGUGCGAUGUAAUAGUUAAAUAUACACAUUUUAAUUCUGGACCGGAUAUUGGAACAGGAAAAGUGCUUUUUGUUUGUUUUAAACAAGACGGAUACAUCUAUAAAACAACAACAAAAAAUUAAUGGCUUUAAAUGGUCUUAUAUACUAAAAGAAAUGUUGACGUUAUGAUCCAAAUCCAUUACAUAGUAUAGGACAGGAAAUAAUCAGAAAACUGUGCAACCAUUUUAACGUCUUAUUUGUGUAGAUGCUGAUGGCUUACUCUCUGUCAAAGUUUGUGCAUCUGUGAACAAGGCUGUACAGUGCAUCAGUACAUCAUAAGGGUGGUAGAAAAAAUUGAUACAGCAUAGUAUUGCGAUAUUUUGUCUGGUGAUAUAUCAUAUCGUCUCAUAUACCUAGUAUCAAUUUUUCAAAUUAAUUGCUAAUAUGAAGUCAAAUCUAUGAUAAUGGAAAAAUAAAAUCAACUGGUUGUCCAAUGAGGUUGAUUAGAGCAGGAGAGAGUUAGUACAACAAAUACAGCAUAAAUAAGACAAACAUAAAGGAAAGACAAAUGCUAAAUUAGCUGAACAGUUUAAAAAUUUGAAUAAAUCGCAAUAUAUUGUAUCGCAAUACUCACUGUAUUGCAAAAUAUCGUAUCGUGGCCCAAGUAUCGUGAUAAUAUCGUAUCGUGGGGUCAUGAGUGAUUCCCACCCCUAGUACAUCAGUGAUAGGCCUGAAUCAGCCUGAUGAUAUCUGUCAGGCUGGGGUCAAACAACAGAGAUAAGAUUUUAAAGAUACUUAUUACACAAAGUAUCAUAAAAACUAAAGGUGGUUAUUUUAUUGCAGACAACCAACAGUAGGCCUGAAUGGAAACCCAUAUCUGGUGGGGUGAGGUAUCGACCAAACCUGGCCUACAAUAUACUGAUGUGCUUUGGAGCUGUUGGGCUUUAGAGUCUAAGGGAGAUACUUGUUUUUUUUUCUCUGCAACGAGCUCGUUGAAUGACAUUUUGCACUGCAGCGAGCAUCACACAUCAUAGCAUGUCUCAGGCAUGUUGCUGGGCAUACAUGAGAGUGUUUGUGUGUGUCUGAGUGUGUGUGUUUGUGUGUGUGUGUGUGUGUGUGUUGCUGGGGUGGGGGGAAGUGGGUGUACAUGUGUAGAAGAUUCUAAUCUGGCACAUGCAUGUUUGUGUGUCCAUGCGAGUCUGUGUGUGUGUGCGUGCAUGUGUGUGAUGCUUGUUAGCCCCUGCCUCUCUGCACCACAAACUGUCAGCUCGCUGUAGCACUCCCAAGUCCUCCCUCUCUCUCCCCCACAUCCUCCUCCAUCCCCAUCUCCUCACUCUCUCUUCCUCUCCUCCUCUCGCUCCCUCUUUCUCCUUUUUUUUUAUCUCUCUGUCUCCAUUUCUCCCCUUUCUUUGAAAUUUUAAUCACCCAGUAAACAGGCAUGCAUUUCAAUGUGAAAUGGGAUUUUGCUACAGAUUGAGGGAGCUGAGUCGAGGAGGGGGGGUUGAGAGGAAAGGAAAGGGGGGAGAGAGUGAUCGUGGUUUCGCAGUUUGUACUAAAGAGAAUGAUUAAUCCCAGCCUUUGAUUCUGCAUUCAUCUAACGGGAUGUUGCAGCAUGGGAAGUGUGUGCGUGCGUGUGUCUGUGGGUGAGCGUGCACAUGCAUGCCUGGCUCCUGCAUGUCUGCACAGGCAUGUGUGUUAAUCUCUAUGCACGUACUGAUGUAUAUAUAUCUAGUCACACACACACAUACAUGCAGGAGGAUGAUGUGUGCACGUGUGUGUGCCUGCAGAGAACACACACUCUGAUCUGUGGGAGUGCAGAGUGAGUAAUACUGUAGCUGAACCACUUUUUCAGAGGAACAUUAUUAGCUAUUUUUAUUCUGAGUUUACGCCGGUGCUCGCUGCUCUUAGCCGGCCACUGCGUUUACAUUGUACUGCACGGCUCACUGCCGCACAGCCUCACACACUUUGCGAACACACUGUCACAUCCUCAAACACUUACACACACACACCCACGCACACAUACAACUUGCUCCCAGCAGGCUGAAAUGACAGCCUUUGUAAGCUGAUAUGUAGUUUGAAAGCUGUAAUCUUGAUGAAAUCUACCUUUUUCUGGAGCUGCGGGGAAACACUGGCUGUGAUCAGGUGGUGUAUAAUAAGCUGGAAAAUACUCUGUCCUUAGACGACUGAGAUCAGCUGGAUUUUUCCCAUGUUGUGAAGUCAUUUGUGAAGACAACCACUGUGUAAACAUGCGACUUAAAGGUGCAGUGUGUCAAUAUGAGCAGUAUUUAGCAGAACAAACCUGACUGAAAUUAAAUAGGUGAUAUUUUUACGUAUUUAUAGGUAUGAUAUAUAUAAUUAUGGAAUGAGCUACCCCUCCAAAUCAGACAAGCCCCCUCAAUGUCCAUUUUUAAAACUCGUCUUAAAACCCAUUUUUAUUCAUUGGCUUUCAACCCUGCAUGAGACUCGGCUCCUGUUUUAGUGUUUUAUGGUUUGUUUUUAGUUAUUUGUUUUAAUGGUUUUAAAUCAAUGAAAAAAAAUUGAAACUAUAUUUCACUUUGUAAUAUUUGCUUUUAUUUGAUCCACUAUUUUGAUUGUUUUUUUUUGUUUGCAUUGUUUUGUCUAUUUAUGUACAGCACUUUGUUCAGCUGUGGUUGUUUUAAAGAGCUUUACAAAUAAAGUUGAGUUGAGUUGAAUUUAGAAUUAUGUUGAAUUUGGUGUAUCAUCACUGACAUAUAAAAAUGUACCAUCGCAAAUUAGUCCUAUGUAUCUACAUAGAAAUUAGGUCCUGUUCCUCUGAGGCCCCCGCAUCUUGCACUGCUGUGUUUCUACUGCAGCCAGUAAGGACCAACUAGUAACAUGCACUUUUUUGUACUCAAAGAGAGGAUGUGCAAAAUGAACACCAAAGAAAAAGAGAGUGGUUGCAUUGAUUUAAUGGUUAAAACAAAAAAAAACAAAAAAAAAAAGAUCAUGCUUAUAAAAUAUCUAAGGAACUUUUUGUCCUCAAAGGCCACCGUUGCUUCAGACAGGAGGGGUGAGCAGGGGAGUAAGUCAAUCAAGAAUAUGAAUGCUAUUUAUAACUAAGUGUUCCUAUUUCUGUAUACUUUCGCUGUAAAAGUUAUUUUUGCUCUGUUAUAACUAGUUUAAAAAUAAUAAUAAUAUAAGAGGGUUUAAGUCAUGAUUUCUUCCUGUUAUCACACAAUUGAGUAAGCAAGGUUUAAUUAUUUUGGUUUUGAAAAAGAUAAGUUUGAAAUUAGUGUUCAGUGGCUCUUUUUAAAGACAGCAGACUCCAUCAUUCAAAGAUGUAAUCUAAGGCAGUAGAACACAGGAGUUGCUGGACUGUCUCCAUUGGUUAGUUUCUGUUGUGUCAGAGGCGUCCUACAGUGUUGAAAAAAAAUUAAAUUAAACAAAAACAAAAACUGCAGUUCUUCAAGUGUCCACUUGAGGCUUGCUCCAAAAGCCAAGGAAACUCCAUUAGGUCCCAAAUUAAAAUGCAAAUUUUAACAGUAAAACUUUGCGUAUUCACAGCCUGACAGACCAAACUCUUUUGGAUUUGUGGUUCACUUAUUUCUUUGUUUUUGUUACAUGGGGGUGCUUUAAAAGAAAUGUAAACACAAAUUUGUAUUAUUUUGGGCACAGCCGAGUAGAUUGCAUGACUUUCAUUUCAAAUGGUUGAUCCAAAUCAAACAAAAUAAAACAGUAUUGUGAAACAAAAUAGCAAAAAACUACUAAGUGGGUCAGGCAGCAAGAGACCAAUAACUCCCACUGACGGCAUGAUAAAAUUGCUGGUUUUGUUAAUGGUGUCUGGUUGCUUUGAAGAGAGUCAUGUACGGGCUGUUUUUUUGAUGAGAGUCAUAAUUUUUUCAGAGACUUCAAAGAACUAUCUAAGCCUGUUAGUGAGGAGAACAAGAGCUCUGUGUGGACAACUUCUGAUCAGCACAUUAGCUCUAAAUGAUCACACUUCAGCCUUGACGGCCUGGAUUAUUGCUGCAAGCUUUAUUUGUUUUAGAGCAAGACCAACAUUUUCUUCAACUUAUAAGUCAUUCAGACCUCAAGAUCAACAAAAAUCAGCCCAGAAAUCUUGAGUUAAACUUUUACAGGCUGGCCAUAUGUGCUUUCUCUUUAAUCAGAAAGCUGCUUCUAUCCAUAAACUUAAUUUUAUAUAAAACAUCUCCAGGAAGUUUCAUAGGCUGUUUUUUUUUUUUCACACCAAUGAAGAAGGUACAAAAGCUGAAGUGGUUUGAAUUAAUCUAUGAAUGAAAGCAGAAUUUAUAGAAGGUUGAAAAAAAGGAAAAACUAGCAGCUUCUGUUGCUUCAUGAUGUCUCAGAAACACGGGAUGAUAAGUCAGCUCUCUUUACGCAUGUUACACACACUGUCACAUUUCAACGCAAGGAUGGCUUAACACCAUCUCAGUGUUUCUAAAUGCUCUGCCACGCUGGUAAUGGGGAGCCUGGAGACACACACUUUAACACACACUCACACUCCUGUGGGCCCGACAAGCUUCCCUAUCCUUAACGCCACGUCCCUCAGCAGCACUUGUCAUCUACACGUCAGAAAAUCCAACUCCUUUCCUCCCACACACUUUCAAAUUUCUCAUUUCCAGCACCCCUCCAUCUCUCCAAAUACACACAAGCAUGUACACAUGCUCACACACACCCUCAUACACCCUCCCCCCUGCUGGUCCACCGACCCAUGAGUCAGUAACGAGCUGUUUUUCAACGAGUUUUCUCCCCCGACACAAGCUUGUCUCACUCUGCUAUUGAUCCUCAUCCCGCCUCCCUUUAUCCAUCCUUUCAUCAUUUCCUUCUUUCCUCCCUCUAUUUACCCCUACACACACCCUCACACACACAAUAACAGGCACACACAAACACACACCCUGACAGGAGAGCACAGAAUAAGUGGAGGAGCCUUCAACAACAUGCUGAACAUCAUAGUCUCUCUUUUCCCUUUCUCUCUCCUCGCUCAAGGAUGAGUGAUGCCCAUGACAGACUGCUUCCUCUGAGAGCUCCUUCUGGCAAUUACUAAACGCACACACACACACACACACACACACACACACACACACACACACACACACACACACACACACACACACACACACACAAACAAACUCACACACUCAUCAGAGACUCCCACAUCACUUAACCAGUUGUCUUCAACUGAAAGGGCCGAGUGGAAACACUCCACUCAUCCGCCACUCAACCCACAAACACACACACAAACACAAGCAAAUACACUUAGCACACACAUGCACACACACACACACACUCAGAGCUUGAAGAUGGUGAUCAUCUUUACCCACUCUCUGUAACCAUUGAUCCUUUUGAGCCUCAGUUUGCAGCAUCAGUGAGAUGUUGACGUAUUAAAGCUGCAGGAAGUCUGAAACAUGACUGUGUACACGUGUAAUAAAAAGAGUCACAAUGGUGAUAAUAAUGAAAUCUAUUUUUUAAUCUGCUUUUUCAAAUGAAAGGGAGCUCAAAUUUCUUUGCAACAGAGAGAAUUACUAAAAGACGUUGAUUGUUAUAUAAAUGCUUAUAUUUUAUUUUUUUUAAAAAAAGGAAAAAAACUAUUUUAAAAGCCAGAUUCAAAGCAGAGAUGUUAAAAACUCUCCUUUACUGACUACUUUGCAAAAAAAAAAUAUUUAUUAACAAUGUUUUGGUUCUACAUCAAUAGGGUUAGAAAAUACAAAUAAGAUCUAUAUAUAUAGGUAUAUAGAUUAUAUUUAGAUUUAUUAUUUUAAUGCUACAGAAAAAUAAUCAAAAAUGUCUGUGCCUAAAUUAUUCCAACAAUGUUUUUCAGGAUUUUUUUUUAAUCUUUUUUUUUUUUUCAAAAUAAAAAGAGAGAAAUUUGUUGGUUUCCAAAAACAUUCCUUGUUUUCGCAGAAUGAUUUUUCAGCUAACCCUGUGAUGAAAAUGACAAAACCUGAAAAGAUGUCACAUAUUUGAAAAAUACACAGAAACAAAGAAGAUCUGGUUCACUAGAAGAAAUGUCACUCCUGUAAUUCACAUCACUAGUUCUUCUCUUGUAUUGAAAUAUUGUGUGUUUUUAUUUUAUCAAAUGUGAGAACUAGUGUAACUAAGUUUAAGUCAAGCUUAACUUCCCUAAAUGCACUCUUGAUGUGGCCACAGGACUCCAGCAGCAAUCUAGCAGCAUUAGUUGGUUAAUGUGCAUGUUGUGUGUUGUUUUUCUGUGCAGCCUGCUGUUCACCAAGGUGAAGCUUGAAGAGGCGCUGUUUGGCCCGGCUGCAGCCUUGCAGACAUGUGAGGAGAUGCUGCAGAGUUGGCAGAUCCGCUAUGAUGUCAGCCGGUCCAGGUGUGUGUUUGCAUGAUGUCUGUUAGUUUGUUAGUUUGUUAUCAGGAUCAUCUCACAGUUUUUAUCGAUGAAGAUAGUUUGGACUAUUAUUUUAUUAUAUAUGUUCCUGCUUGAAGUUUCAUUGACAAACAUGUAAUAACAACUGUCAAAUCCAACCUCUUUUAGCUCAGAUUCAUGUCAUAGAGCAGAGUAUUUCUUUCAGCUCAAAAAAUAUAUAUAUAUAUCCAAACCUUUACAUCUCGUGGCAUAAUUCCUACAACUCCAUGUACUUUCUCAUCAUCCAGGCCUUUACAGACAGCUCACAGCUGGUGCAGAAAGCUGCAUCUGGAGCCAUAUGCAGGUGUAAAAUAGGGCACAUAACACCUGUGUCACACCUCUUGAUUUAAUUAAUAUGGAUUCUUGAUUUAAUUAAUGUGAAGGACUCUACACAUGCUCUGUGAAGAUUGACUGUCUGUUCGCAUCUGUUUAUACAAAAUAUUUUACAAUAGAUUCAUCAUUGUAUUUAUGUAUGUAUGCGCUUUUUUACUCAGAACAGAUAUUUUCUUUUUGCUUUUCCUUCACCAAUGGUAUUUUGACCCUUGACUUUGACUCCUUUUUUGUUGUCAUUGCAACUCAAACCCCUUAAAUACAGCAGCCUGGUGGCCCCAAGCUUCAAAAUAUGACUCUUUAAAAAAACAUGCAACAUUUAACAGUUUUGAAAUUGAGCUCACAGCAGUAGAUUAAUGUUGACUGGCUUUUGAUGAAGGAACAACCAUUUAAUUGAAUCAGAAUCAGAAUGCCCUUUAUUGUUAUUAUACAGAAGGUACAAUGAGAUUGAAGAGCUUCUCCAUUAUCAGUGCAAAAAAAAGAAAACAGAGACCAAAUUAAAAGUACAAAAAUAGUCGUAAGAAAAAAAUAAAAAUAAUAAUAGGUACAGACUAUAUAUAAGAUAAAAUAAAAGAUUAGGCAAUGCAAUGAAAAUGAAAACUAUAUACAAGAAAAGGAAAGAAGUGGAUUAGAGUGGAUUAUGUCAAUGUAAACAGUGAACAAAGGUCGUUAGGACUUAACAGCGUUUAAGAACGGUAGGCCUACAGUGUUUAUAUUAUUACGACAACACAGCUGCAUCAGCAUCUGAUGUGCACACAGACCCCCUGCAGUGCAGCUGUGUCAACAGACAGAGACGCUCCAAACAGUCUGAUGCAGACAAUGACCCGUGAAUUUACAGAUUUUUUUUUAUUCCACAGUCAGUGUAAGCUAAUAUGGGUGCUGACGGCUAGCCUUAGGGUUUUUUUGUCUUUUAUGUCAUUUCAUGUCUACAAAACUGUGUAAAAAGUAACACCCACAAGCUGUGUCUACCUUUAUAUUACUGAUGAAUCAGCCACAACAAAAGCGUUUCAGACUGGGCUGAAUAGAGAAGGUAAAUAGUUUGUUUUCUGAGGUAAUGACAAGUGAAAACCAGUAGAGUAGGUCUCUUUUAAUGGAGGAGUUUUUGUUGGCAUAUGACAAAUAUCUGUGCUUACGUGAGUGUUUCUUUGUUGUUGCCUUUUUAAAAAUUUACUCCUGUUUCCUGGGUUGUGUGCGUGUGUGUGUUUUUGUGUGUGUGUUGCAGUGAGACAGAUGACAGCAGCAGUAUACCGAUGGCUGAGAGGGUGGAGGUCAGCCCCGGAGCCAGGAAACCCUCAAUCCACCUAGCUCUGCCAGACUUCCAGGACGCCUCUACAGGUCUGAUCUCUCUCUGGUUAAAUGAUUCCCUAUAUUAGAGGUCUAGACUGAAAAAUGAAGCCAAAUUUAUUAUUUAUAAGUUAAACACGUCCUCCUUUCAUCUGCUGCUGGGUAAAUACCAGAGAGAAGCAAAGGUAAAGGUCAGUCUUGAUCUCCCAUCAUUUGACCUGUUGUGGAUUAAAACAUGUUUGCCUGUCUGCAACAAAAAAGAGGGUGAAUGUGGGUGUAGGUGGGGGAAGGGGACAGAUAUGCAGCUGGAAUAUCAAUCAUCUCUGCACCUGUAUCUUCCUAAGUAUCACAUGUCACUUUGUCCAAAACCCUCAAAUCAUGAAAGUUGUGCUCUGUUAUUUGUUGGAUUAUUUUGGAGGCUGAUUAACAAGUAGUGUUACAUUUUACUGAAUUUUAAAGUUGUUUCCUUUAAAAUUUCAGCACUUGUUAUUUGAACUUUUUUGAGGGUUCUUUUUAAAUCCAUCUCACAAAUGUGUAGUCGAGAGAGCAUUCGAUUUUUCUGCCCUUUUGUUGAUUCCUUUGCGCUUUCCUUUAAACAUGUUUAAAACUCACAGCUGCUAGUUUAGCUGUUCAUCAGUUGGUUUUUCUUAUCUUUACACUUGGUUUUAAAGGUUCCCCAAGUCCAUCUUCAGUGGCAGCUUCCCGUCUGGAGGCGGCACUUUCCGAGGUGUCUGACCUCAGCUCCACUCGCCGCCAAGGACCCAUGUACAUCUGGGCCACGCUGGAGCGAAUCUGGCUGCAGGCUGGUAAGACAAUAGCGCUUAGUAUAGCACAUAUAAAAACCUUUAAACAAUUCUCAGGCUCGUAUUGUUCUUUUCAGCAUUGUUACAGAAUUAUAGAAGGGGUCCCUGCAGUAAUAGGCCUUUGUGAUUAAAAAGGAAGAUGUUUUUAAGUCAGAGACAGCUGUCACAUACCUCUCUACUCAUGGCAACAGACCUCAAUGACAAAAACACAAUUUUAAGUAAAUUGCUCCUUAAAUCAGUUACAUUAUUUCAUUACUGUGUUUUACAAUUAUUACAAUCAAAAAAUCCCAGAUCACAAACUAACAGACCUUACCAAUGGAGGACAAGCAACCCCUGUACCAUGUGAGGCAAAGUUACCAUAUUUUGUCAAUGGAAUCUGGUGGCUUUACAGAAACAAGAUACUAUUUUUAUGUAGAUUUUGGGUCUAUACUUUUCAACGAUUCUAAUUUCUCUAUGACAAAAGGGGAAAAGUCUUUAUUUUAUUGACUAGACAAGGAACAUGUGGGGUACCUCAAGGAACCAUUCUCAGACCUCUUCAACUUCUCUUUUACAUAGACUGUAUAAGGUAACCUUGCCACCAAGACGUCACAUUUUGAUCUGUAGACUACUGUUCGGAUGUUUGGAGAUUAUUUUUAUGUCUGUGCCAUGUUGUUGUUUUCUGAAGCAAAGGGUGACCAAAGUUGGACAAUAUGGUGGAGCUCCAACGAGAAAAAGGUUAAGUCUAAAGACUGAAGUAGCUGAAGUGAGAGUGAGCUAGCGCCACCUAUCACUGAUAAAGACCACACCUCUAAUUAGUCUGAUCCAUCAGCCUCGCUAUGGUUUGGCCCUUCAAUACUCACUUCUUUUCAUCCUCUACCUGUUAUAGCGCUUACUGUAUUGGUCAUACCCACCCAAACAGCUGCACAUGACCUUAUCAGACAAACUCAGAUCGAAGCAGAACAAAAUUUAAUAUUUGGUUUUAAACUCUUGGAUGAAAAUAUUCUAAUGGCAAACUAGACUGUGAGUGUGAAUGACCUGCUUUCAAGCUCAGCGGGGUUUCAGCCUAUGGAGAGUGAAAUAUUGUCGACUUAUUUUUAUUCUGUAGUGUUAAUGUCACAUUUUUUGCCGUCCGUGUGCCGUCUGAGAUUCUGUGUCAUAACACCAAAGAAACAACUUACAAAUCAAAGCAACUUCUGCCACAGAUCAUAUAGUCGCAACCUUGCAUGUGUAAACUCCUCAAUUUAAUGUGACACUGCAGCCAUUUUCUGUUGUUCACACCUCCACAAAAACAUUUUACUUUUGCUAUUCAGUGGGUAAAAGUUAGCUUCUGUGGCUGUACCUGCAUUGAUGUGGCCUCUGUGCUAUUAAAGGCAGAGCGGCAGUGAUGCAUGCCGUCAUUACUUUCAGCCCUGCAGCCUCAGUCUGACUGUGGAAGAAGCUCAGCACAAACAAACUCCAUCCUCUCUCUCAGCUGCAGAGUGAGCAGCAUGAGAACAGGAAUCCAUACAGCAGCCCAGUGAUGCAACCAGCAUACCAGUGUGUGACAGUUCAGGACGGGAUACGGGGGGUGGAGGUGGGGGGAUGGGGAGGGGUCAGUGCCCUUAUGGCCGCACUGUAAUAUGAGGGUUAUUUUUUACUCGUCACCUCUGACCUCUGCUUCUUCCUUGCUGAGAAAUCUCAAAAAACACUCACUUAUUUGUGUCAACUCCAUGUCACCAGGGUGUGUCCUUAAACUGGGGGCCAAAGAGAGGUUUUUUCCUUCCCAGCAUUCUUUUUCUCAUCGGUCACUUCCUCUCUCAAUUUCACAUCCUCAUGGAGCCUCAAAAAUACACAGAGAAGGCAAUCUUGGAAAUGAGAACACUUAGGUAAACAUGAUUACGGUAAUGGGUUUAGAAAAAGCAGAAAUAAUGUGUCAUAAAACCAAGAAAUGAAAUUAUUACAAGCAAAAUAGGCAUUAAAUGCAAGAACAGUCUGAACAUUUUCUACUAAUCCUUAAAAAAGGGUAAAAACCUGCAAGAGUAUGCCAUCUUUAUACUGUAUAUGUUCUUAACAAAUACAGAAUUAGCUAAUAAGACAGGUAUAUCGAGCACAGCAUAACUGCUACUUCAAGCAGGAGCUCUGAUUUUGAUAUUUAUUUGGAUAUUAUUCUGUUACUGUUGUCUUUCUGCUAUAUUUUAACAAGUGACGGGACUUAAACGUUUAGAUUUUUGCAAGUUAAUUUGUGCCAUAGCACUCGCCACCAAACAUCUUUUUAACUUUGCCUAAUUUCUUUAGCAAAGAGACUAAACACAACUUACCCACUCUCCUCCAGCAGUCACUUGUUUGUAGCGAGACCUCAGGCCAGUCCAUGAUGGACUACAGCGGGGUUACGCAGCUCAAGGAAGAACAUUUGUGAUCAUUUCUUCAUUGAAAUUCAAUCAGACUGAGACAAGGCAGAAGAACUACAGCAUCUGCAGUGCAAAAUGAUUAAUAUGGUGAUUAAUACUUCAAGGAAAUGAUAAAGUAAUGAUCAUGUGGCGUUUUGGUUGAGGUUUGUUUAUGGCUCCUCAGACCGCUGUGUAUUGUUAUCCUGUGGUCGUUACUAAAUUUGGUAUUACUAGAGAAGCAAGUGGUCGGCUAUCGACGGGGUGUCUAACUCGGUGUUACAGUGUGUUUGACCCUAAAUUAAUGUCACGCUGGAAUAUCCCUUUAAGCUCUUAGUUCCAGUCAUAAAUCAGCACUAUAGCCUUGAGAAAAGGACAUCACAGCUAACAUGGCAUGUACAUACUAUCUGCUAACUGCAUGAGCAGUAAAGCAUCACUGUUCACCCAUUGUUGAAAUAAACAGUAUACUUCUGUCUUUUCAUCCGAGUCGGACUCAGGCGUCUUCAACAAAUGAAGCAUCUCUGCUCUGAUUUUAUGACAUAAUGCUGCUGUGGGUGGAACGAAGCAGAUGUCAGUCAAAACCUGGUCCACCAUGCCCACAUAAUAUUGGAAAGGGGUGCAGCAAAUUGAGCAUUUUGUUGUGCGGUCUUGGUUUGUCUAAAUUUUAAUGUCAUUUGAGGUUUUUUCAUUGACAUAUGUAAAGGUUUUCAACAUGGCUUAGCUCAUAAUUUAAUUUAUUUGUGUAGAAGUUGUUUAAGAAACUGAAAUCACAGGUCUCCAUCAUGGGAUCAGGCGAACCUUUGCUUUUUAUAAUGGAUUAACCUGUAAAACAUAUCAAUGAGCGGUGCACAUGUAUGCAUUGAGCUGACAGUUUUAUGUGAGAGCUCAGGUGAGCAGCAGGAAACAGGCUUACAUAACCUGAGAGCAUUCACUGAAUCAUUUUCCCCAAAGUGAAGCUAUGAAAGAAAGCAGAGUCCGGAAAUGACUCUUUUUCAUCUCAGAAUGAGCUCAGUGUUUCCCAUCUGUGCAGCCAUGACACACAGGUAAACAAACACACACAUAGGCUCCCACACAAAAACACACAUGGGAUAUUGCAGCAUUCAGGAGCAGACAUAUUACACACACACACACACACGCACACACACACACACACACACACACGCACACACACUCUCUCUCUCUCUUUCUCUCUUACACAGAGGAUGCAGAGUUUCUCUCUGUUGUUGACCUGAUGUUCACUUCUGAGAUUGAUUGACAGCCCACUGCAUCUACAUCCCAUUAAGAUAUUGGUCAGCUCCAGUGUCAGGGGCGGGUUUUUCAGCUCUGUGUCCAUCCCUUAUUGGACAGCAGCGUACUUGUAGGCGUGUGUGUGUGUGUGUGUGUGUGUGUGUGUGUGUGUGUGUGUGUGUGUGUGUGUGUGUGUGUGUGUGUGUGUGUGUGUUUCUGGGGUUUGUCCUCAGCAGCACAGAAAGGCAGCAAUGUCCAUAUUUAGGCAAGACUUUCAGGACUUCCCAGGCACCACAUCAGCUCCCACUCUCUCCUUCAGUGUAUGUGUCCAUCCAAGUGUAUUAUUUUAUGUCUCUUUUUUUCUUUACCCUUUCAGAGUUUACAUUUAAAUAUAAAACUACUGAACUCACACUUAACCUUUUCACUCAUACUUGAGUCUUCUUAGGUGUAGACUUUAAUGAACUAUUUAACAGCUGUUUCAGAAGAAGCACGAUACACAAAAGCCAAUGACUGAAACAAGUUAGAAGAUGUACAGUAUCUGUCAAAUGAUACAAAACAAAAGUGGAGAAUAUGAUAUCAAAGAAUAUGCUUGAAAUCUUUUUAUUGUGUUUGAAAAUGUUUGUAGUUUCAAAUUUUACACCAACUUUAUACUUGAGACAAACUAAGAUGCAGCCAAAUAGAGAAAUUUACUGAAGGGCUUAUAAUUUUUCAUGCAAAGCAGAUUUUAAAAUUGUAUAAAGCUGAAAAUACAACCAUAAGAGAAGCACUGAUCUGGAGAAGCACUGACAAACUCAAGGGCUUUUAAAUCUGUUAAAUUUUUUGCCUUUUAGUUUCAGUGUUCAGACUUUGAAUAAUCACCUUUGUAAUUGUUUGCAUCUUUAUUGUUUUAUACAGUUUAGUAAGAUGAUGUAUAGUGAGUAGGUAAUAACAAAUUAAAGAGGACCCUAAUGCAAGCAGAAACCUCUGCUUCACCUGAGGGUCCUGCUCAUCUUGCUGGGAUCCCUUGCUCAUUAUUCAUGACUUCUUUUUGAACAGUAUGGAAACUUUAAAUGUAAAAGCUCAGGUUUGAGGAGGUUAACAGGUUUCUACCUUUCCCCUCUUUUCCUGUCUUUGUCUCUCAUUUUCUCUCCCUCCAUCACACCUUUCAACAACUUUCUGCUCUUUCUCACCUGUUUUAUGUCCUUUCUUCCUUGCUCCUUACCUGUCUUUAAUCACCCUGUAACUCUUCCUCCUCUCUCCUCUUCUUCCUUCAGGGGAGUUGUUCAUGGCUGACAGUCGACUAAAGGAAGCCCAGUUUUGCAUCGCUGAGGCCUCUGCGCUCUUCCCAAACUCUCACUCGGUGCUGCUGCAGCGGGGCCGCCUGGCGGAGCUACGGGGUCAACUGGACGAGGCUAAAGGCCUUUAUGACGAGGCGCUCGCCAUCAACCCUACCGGAGAGAGCAUCCUCGUGCACAUGGUGAGAGACGCAGACAGCUUUAGAGGCUGAGAAAUGAAACAGACAUUAACACACAUGGAAUUAUAAAUGAUGUAAGAAACAGGGUGAGCAUGUGCACACACUCAUGUUUGCACCCUGGCUAACAGCUGCACACACACAAACACACACUCACAGAGCCACGCACAUUAUAUAUGCUUAAGUUGAGUUCACAAAAUUACAUCACUCCGGAUGUUAUGCAAUAAUUCUAAAAUCCAAAUCAGACUCAUACAUGUAGUCAGUAAGCCACACAAACGACACACAUGUAGGAAUGCACAAAGUCUGAAUGAUUAUCUACAUUAUGUUAUAAUAAAUCUAAAUAGAUGAUGUUCUUUCAUGCUCUGUGACUUGAACACUAAUCGUUCACACAAACGCACAUGUCAUCCUGCAAGAACAUGAUCUUGGUUAUCUCCCUUAUUGUGUCAUGGAGAUAUUUUUAAAUAGAGCUGCUCUUUAUUAUCACUACUUUAUAGUGAAUUUAAAAGUCGGCUUUGUUAUUCUUAAAGCUCCUGUGAGGAGUUUUUAAACUUUUUUUAAUUUCAUAUUUACGCCUUUUCAUGAUUUACAAAAGCAAAACAGACUAUCAGUGACAGUAUUGAUGGUUGUUAUUUUACAAUUUUUGUUUGCAUGAAAGUGGUGUGGGGGUAGUGUCAGCUGAAAAGCUGAAGAAACAGCCUUCUUUUUUUUCAAAUUCAACAUAAAAUACUGAAAAAAAAUAAAAUCUAUGAAAGUCAAAAGUCAGCUGGAUGAGAUUUUUGGCCAGAAGACACUACCCAUUUGGAGGGCAAGAUAAACAAAGACUACUUUGUCAAGUUGAAAGUUCCUCACUGAAGCUUUAAUUAUAAACUUUUUUUUUUUUUUUGUGGUAGUAAGAAGUUGUUUAAUUACCACCAACUUCUUUUUGUAAAAAAUAUUUACAUAUUAUUGUUGUUGUCCCUUUUAGAUCAGCUUCAUACACUCUAGCUAAUGGUGUUCAAUUAUUUGAUAAAACAGAAACUUUUAGCACAGCUUCAUGUCUGAUACCUUUACUAGUUUGUAAUCUUGCAGUAGACAAAGCAGCAUGUGUAAGGUGCUGUACCUGCUGUCUCAGUGCUGAGAGUGUCAUAUUUUAGUCUUUAUGAUCAAGCCUCAUCAUAUAAUUAAUCAUACUUUGGUUUGUUUAUUCAAGGGCAAACUAUAAAUUUUAGAAAAAAGAAAGAAACUUCAGUUCAUAGCUGACAAAUGGCAAACACUGCUCAAAGACUCACUCUCCCUCUACUGAUCACUCGCCCACAUUUCCUUAUCUGAGCCCACUCUCUCUCUCUCUCUCUCUCUCUCUGUCUCUCGAUUUCUCUUUUUUCUCUCUCUGUCUCUCUUUCUCUCCCUCCUCUGUGCUAUAAAGAUCCUCAUUCUCGCCCACUCUCGCCCACUCCCUCACUCAGUCUCCCUCUCUCUCUCUGUCUUCUGGAUCAUCCAAUGGAUUAACCAUCGCUGAUCUGACCUUUGAACUCUCUUUGUUGUCAUGGUGAAGGGACCAGAGAGGGAUAUUCCUCAAAUCCAAGAGUCACACUGCUUGCCAUGCACACACAUACACACACAAGCGUACACAAGUGCACGCACACACACACACACACACACACACACGCAGUCUGUGGUCUCCAUAGUGACCAUAGAUGUGCUGGAUGAUAUCUGUUUGACUUAGCCACCGGCCACCUUAUGACCACAUAAGGCUAAUGCUUUUACUUCUGCUGUGCAGUAAGUUACGUGUGUGUGGUGUGUGUGCACAUGCGUGCGUAUGUGUGCAUGUGUGAGUGUGCGUGCAGAGCAGUGCAGUCCCAUUGGGGUGGACAGAGGAACACGUCUCUUCCAUAUUUGGCCUGUGGGAGAACCAAUCCCAGGGGGUGAAAAGUUGAAUGUAUGCCAGCUGGCAGUGUCCUACUCUGGGUCUCUUGCAGGCCAGAUGUGUUCUUCUCUCUGUCUGUGUGUGUGUGUGUGUGUGUGUGUGUGUGUGUGUGUGUGUGUGUGUGUGUGUGUGUGUGUGUGUGUGUGUGUGUGUGUGUGCGCGUGUGUGUGUGUGUGCGCUUCGGCAGGAUUGUGUUUUGUCUUCCUCCAUGGAUUUGACACACAUGUGGUCUUUUUGUGCUUUUCUCAGCUCUCAGAUUAAAUCAAAUAUUGUGUAAAGCUGAGGAAUAUAGCACAGAAUAUGAUCAUAACACUUUAUUUCCUAUGCUGGUUGAUGCUGACAUUUUUAAGGGUAAUAAAAAAGGGAUAAUGUAUAGAGAACAACUCAUGAUGGAGAUCAGAAUCCCAAAGGGCCGUAAAGUAUAACUACCCAUUCACUAUGCAUUAUCCUGCUUAUUACUCAGCCUCAGCUACCGGGUCAGGUGAUGAAUAUAUUGACACUAGAUUUGGAUUUAAAGAUGAUUUUACUGAAAAUAAUUUAUGCACGAUUAAAAAUAGUAGUCCCUCCGAUUUUGUGGUGGGUGGCACUACCAUGGCGUAUCUGUGCUGGACAAGCAAACAAACAUCAGAGAAAGAAUUUCAAUUUUCAGACAAGGUUAUUGGGGUGAUACUGGUAUAAUAAUCAUAGUCAUUUAAAGCUCCUGUGAAGAACUUUCAGUCUGUAUCAUUUUUUGCACCCACUGUGCUUCUGUCGAUAAUUUGAUUCUUUCCCAGUGCAUAAAAAAUCGGGACAAGGACAGAAGUCCAGUCACUCAGGAUUAGUGCUGGGCGAUAUGGAAAAAAAUGUAUAUCACGAUAUGGAUCAUUUUAUAUCACGAUAACGAUAUAUAUCACGAUAUAGCUAUGGUAUGCUUUCAGUUCUAUGAAAAAUUUAAGUUUAUACAGCUGCACUAGUACAGUACCAGUACAAGACCAGCACUUAAAACUAGAAAAAUGAAUAAAUAAAUACGUGGCCGAAGUGCGUUCAUGUCUGUGCUCGCCCAAAGUUAUGCAACACUCACAGAAAACGCCGAUAGUGUGAGCCAAAGCACUCCAUAAUAAUAAUAAUAAUAAUAAUAAUAAUAAUAAAUUUAAUUUGUAAUGCACUUUACAUUUACAAAAAAUCUCAAAGUGCUACAGUACACAGUAAAAAAAGAGCAGCAACAAUAAAAAAGCAAUAGAAUGACAGUCACAGAUUGGCAUAAAAAAAUAAUUUAAAAAAAUAAAAAAUAUAGAGUUGCAAUGUAAGAGGCAAGGUAGUAAAAGCAUAAAGCAUAGAGGAAAACUAACCAAAGGCUUUAUUAAAAAGGUCGGUCUUCAGGGCUCUUUUGAAGAGGUUGUUCACACUGCUAGAUGUUUCUCCUCCAAAGCUGCUCUCUGCCUCCAUCAUUGUUUACUUUACUCUUGAAGCACGUAGCAAGACCCGAGCAUGAAUCCGAGCGCUUUAUUCGCCUAUCAGGGGCAGACAGGUAAGGUGAUUUGAUUCGCCAUGACUCCAGAAAUGAUUGAAAAACUACAGAAUGUCACAAAAUUACGUACUGAGAGAUGACUACAAAAAUGGACGCACCUGUUCAUCUGGUUGUUAAACACGGCUGAAAAUGAUCAUCUAUUAAUGUUGUUCCCGCUCCUGCCCACUCCCGUUGCCUUUUUUCCCGUCCCGUCCCGAUCAAGGGAUUAAUUAAAAAAUGACUCCCAUCCCGUGGGAUUCCCGUGGGAAUCACGUGACCCACGGGAAUUCCCGAAAAAUGUCAUCCUUUACAGGGAAGGUCCCGGAGCAGAUGAGACAGGUGCCGGAGCGGCUGAAAUAGGUCCCGGAUCCGAUCAAAAGAGGUCCCGGAUCGCGCUCCGACUUGCUCCGGCACAAAUUAAGCACUGCUUACAAUGAUCCCCUCACGUGUGUAACCCAGGUAACCCGCAACGGCGGGAGACGCUGGACACGAAGAGGGCACGUAAAGCGGCGUCAUGUCGCAAAAUCGACAGAGAAAUGCAAGCCUACAUGUCAACGCAUCCUUUUCUUUGUAAGCAAAUAUUGUUUUCUUUCCCGUUCGACACCAAAUACACUUACUGAAUGUGCAAUUAUUGUUGUUGUUACUAUGAAUCAUCUGAUGGCACAAGCCCUAUGGAUAAAAUACAGCCUAUCGCCCGAAACGAUAAAAAUAAAAAUGGCACGAUAGACAUUUUCUAUCGUGCACACGAUAUCUAUCGUCCUAUCGCCCAGCACUACUCAGGAUCACCUUUUCCAGCUAUGACCUUGGCUCAACUGAGCUGUGCAUGUAAACGCACUGACUGAUGGGGAAAGGGAGCAAGCCCAUUCUUUGUGUACUAAAAUCAUCAAUAUUCCUGCACAAAGCAUGCUGGGAUACCUGGCAGCAUGGAUGGUAGUGCCUGUCGCUACCAGAUCCGUCCCAGAAACCUGAUUUGUACUGCACAUGUGCGAAACGCAUGUCACUUCCUCUUCUCGUAUUUCAAUGCUUUUUACGGCAUUGCUAUUGCUACCUACACGAUCAGCGCAAGUGCAAAUUUACGUCACCUUAAACUUUAUUUAAACAACUGAUCGAUUCAGAAACUAGCUGGCGAUGUGACAGGCUAGCUAGUGGAAGGCUCCAGAGCUAAUGCUGAGGCAUUCGCCAGAGCUCCUGCCCAGCACCAUGAGACCUUUUGGGCCAUAGAGCGCCGCCACCCGGUCAAAAUUAUGGUUCUCUGACUCUUCAAAGUAUCAAGGGGGGAUGCUCUGGAGGUGUGUGGCCCCCCAUUGUGCACCCUUCCCAGGCCACAGAGUGCGCCACAACCUGGUCAAAAAUCACAGUUCUCAGACUUUUCAAAGUAUUAAGGGAAGAUGAAGGGAACAUUUGAAACACAUGAUUAGUACCUUAAUCUAACCCUUUUUUUUAAACAAAAAAGUAUUUACUUCAUUUAUUUAACAAACAGAUUUUGGACAAUGAAUUUCAGCAUUUUUAUACUGCGUUUCAACUUCAGCAAUGAAAUAUCCACAUUUAUUCAAGCCUUUUAUUACUACAUUGCAAGUUUACAAUUAAGCUGUAGUAGGAACCUUUGAUUGUGAAACUGGGCGCCAUUCUCUUGACUUUCUGGCGCCCAGUUCGCAUUCCGUUCAGGCAAAAAACAUGUAGCUGGUGAUGAACUGAAGCAUCCAUUCUGACUGAAGGAAGCUCGCUGAUGGUGAAGUUGUCGAACAAGUGUUGAAACUAUCGCAAACUGCUAGGGGCAGAGAAUUGCUGAGCUGUCGCAAAGAUGGCUAGUAGAGAAAGUGACGUAUGUUUCGCACAUGCACUGUACAAAUUGGGUUUCAGGGACGGAUCGAGUAGCAACAGUGCCCCAUGCUUUGAAAGAAAACAGUCAUGCACUAUAAAGUUGAUAAACUUUGUGGAGUGUUGUUUUUAUUGAAAAGACUCUUCAAUGUGAGACAACGAGUGAAGCAGUCGGAGUGGGUGGCAUGUCCCUGGGUGUCUUGGCUGCGUGCUGCGGGCCUGUACUGUUGCUUGUUUUGCAAUAUUCUCUCUAGAUUGUUUAAUUUCUCAGAUGUGUGUCACGGUGGGGGUUUUAUAACUUGAACACAAAAAUCCUGCUCUGUAAAAUGUGGUUUAAAGUAAACCUCAUGUAUAUUGGACAUGCUUAUAUGAAACUGUGUUAAAUAGUAUCAUCCUCACAUUGUGGUGCAGCCUAAGUGGGACAGCGUGUUGGACAUUUGAUUUGGAGCUCUCCUCAUACUUCUGUCUUGCAUCAGCCUGCCAGAACACAACCUACAGUUACUGCUUGUCUUUGGCUCUGCUGGCUUCAUGCAUUUAUUUUUAUACUGUAUCUGCUGUGGACACUUUGUGUGCCAUUGGCCCAUUUAUUCUGCUCUGCCUUCAGGGGAAUUCUGAUGAUAUUCUUGGUUGAUAUUCUUACACUCGAGCUAUUAUUCUGCAAAGGUACAUACUGUACUUUCCUUGAAUGUCCUUAAGAUCUUUUUAAGUUAUCAGGGUGACAGUUAAAAGAAGAUGUACUGGCGUGCUGUGGCGGUACAAUCAUUUUCUUCGGAUUUCAUGACAGUAUCAUUAUGAGACAGACCCAACGGGGAGAAAGUCGUACAUUAUUCAUCAUGUUGCCAUCAGACAGGAAUACUGCUACAUUCCCUGACAGGAUAAAGAGAUGCUACAAAUUGCACCGUUUACUUUCAAGGAUUUUGCAGUAAUUGCAGGCAAGAGCAGAGCAACAUGUUGGAUAUGUAAAAGAGACAUUAAGUGAAAGACAGGGACUAACUCAGACUUUAACAGAGACCAGUCAAGAAAGAAGAAAAAGUAAGUUAGGCGCUGAAGUUACAUUGACCGUUGAUUAUGUUACAGCUAAUAAGCCAACAAAAACAAGACCUGUUGAAGAUACCUCACCGUCAGGUUCAGGAUGCUUGGUGCAUUUCAAUUUUAAUAAUUUAUUUUUUGAGAUUCAAGAUUCCUUUUUACCUGACAGUUUUCUCAUUUAUGUAUUUGCAUAUUGGCAGGAUGACACUCUGACACCAGUGUAAGAGGAAGGGGGAGAGGAGGGAAUAAGAGCUGAGGCAUUGUGUAAAAUAUUAAGAAAAACAAAUUCUUGAUGGUUUUCCAAUCAUGAUUGUAUCAGAAGUUGAAACUGAAAAAAAGUAUAAUUUAAGAUUAUGUUACAGAUUUGAGGCCAGUGAUACGAUCUACAAAGAAGUGGUUGUGACAUGCCCACGUUCACCCUUUUUGUUGCAUCACCUCAUCUCUCAGCCGAUACUCUGUUAACAUUUUGGGAUUAGCUCCAAGAGUUCUGUGUAACAUCCUGUUCUUGCCGAAUACAAGAUUUCAGUUCCCUAAAAGUUUGAAGUCUCUUUUGUCGUAAUUUUGGAGUCAUGAUGCAUCAAACAUUUGUAAGUGACAAGUUGGAACUUCAGACAGGCUAGUUUAGCACCCGUACUCUCCUACCACAGCAUAAAGCUGUGCUGUUGCAAUGUGUGAAGAAUGCAGUUUUGCAACUCCUCGCUGUGUUAGGCAAGAUCUUCCCUGGUCUUGUUUUUCCUUGGAAAAGGCACAGUCUUGUUGGCAACGUAUGUUCCUCUAAAACCAGUAUGUUCAGAAUUAAUGGCGCCUUCCCAGUUGUGUAAACUUGCCAUGCACUUUUAUAUUCCCAAGGUUGCUAGCUUUUAAACUUUGGGCUGAUAAAAAGCCAGGUAGUCCUCGGUCCCACCUUAGAGCAGAGGAUGUGACAUCCAUGAUUUCCAAGAAGAAUGUCAAGUUUUGAUUUGUAAGACCACAGAAAGGUUUUCUACUUCUCCGUAGUCCACCUUAAAUCAGCUCUGGCUCAGAGAAGUGACAAAAAGCUAUGUUCCUAGAUAGUGUUUCAGGGUUGAGAUUUUGAGCCUAUGCAGUGAUUUCCACUACAGAGUCAUGUCUGUUUUUUUUAAGCAGUGCUGUCUGAGGGCCUGGAGAUAUUGUGUUGUUUCAACCUUGCCCCAUUCAAACAUGGAUUUUUCAUGAAUUUUUUCUGAAUGUUUUAAUGAUUAGUUUGCUUGUUCAGCAUUAAACAGCUGUUUCAGAGUUGGGUUGUCCUUGUGCCAACUCUUUUGAAACUUCUUGUUAGCAUCACAUUUUAAAUGAGCAUAUACUGUGUUUCAUAUAUUGACAUUUCAGAAUUUCAUUUGUUAACUUAACGCUUCAAUCAUUUACAAACCAUCACGAUCAGCUCUUAUCAAAACCUUACAUAACUCUUUUUAGACUGGAGUCAUGUGAGCCAAAGACCAGCUCGCCUGACUCUCGGUCUGUCACCUCCCAGUCGUUAGAGGUAAGGGUUAGGCAGCCUAUUAGUAUGAAGAUUUCAAUCAGUUCAGCUCACACAGGUCAAAGUUCUUCAUGACAGAUACUGAUCCUCAAGGGCUCUCAAAGGUAUAGCUUGUGUCCAAUGUGAGUGAAUGAUGAACUGAUUAGUGGCCUUGCAUGACACUUGAUUAAUAUGUAAAUGUGUGUAAAAGGUUGGAUGUGACAUGAAACACCACUUAAGAAGAAAAGAGAGGCCCUGUACAAGUGCAGUGAUUUACCAUUAACCUGCAGCAGCUACUUUUUCAUUAAUGACAGCUUUGCUAUAAUUAUUUGUCUUUUUAAGGGUUGCAUCUAUGAUGAUGUAUUCUUGACUUCUACCAACUGUAACCUGUUGACAUUUUAGUUUCAUAUUCUUUAUUAAAAAAAAAACAAAAACAAACAUCGGUGAGCAAGUUCAGCCAGCGGUUAAAGACGUCAUCGUCAAACACAAGAAUAGCCUCCCGUGUUGUUUUUGUUGUUGUUGGACUGUGAACAAUGACCUAAUCAAGAGUUAUGCCUGCCUUUAUCACAGCACUCUGCACAUCAGCAGAAAAAUUACUGGAUGACAAAUUAACAGGUUCAAUAAGGUUCAGAUAAUGAGGUGAAUUUUAUCUUUUUUAUUCUUUUUUAGAAUUAUUAUAAUUUUUUUUGGGUGUUUGUUUUUACCUGUAACAAACCAGAGUAGUUGUUUAGCCCUACUGGCUGUCUUAAUGCUUGGCUAAGCUUGUCUACUGCUGGAUUUUUUUUAUCUUUGUGUCUUUGUCAGGCAUUUCAACUAAGCCUAUUAGCUGGUUUUUAUAAAGCUGAUAAUUCCUUGCCCUUAUCGACAUUAAAAUAAAAGCGCAGAAUACUUAUGCCAGUUUCAGUUUGUGCAAGAGAAAAAUCAAUCUCCAACCGUGUUGUCCAGGUAUGCUAGACUAUGAGUUAGUUGACUCAGUGUUAUUUCUUGGGGAAAUCUUGAGGAAACGUUAACAUAUCGCAGAGUUUUGUUACAAACCUGAGAUCAAGCUGCUGCCAUCUUGUGGCACUUGUAAGUAACUGCAAAUUACAGGUUUACAUCACCUGUUAAAUAGUAAUUCUAUCAAGACUACUGUUUCCUCUGAAUAAGUCAAAUAAAGUUAUGAAAAUGUAAUGUACCACUUCAGUCACCCUUUUCUUUUGCAUGAGCUGCACCCUUGUCAAUUGUUUUUGAGUAGUCAGCUCUGACCCCGGGGUUAUAGAAAAAGUCACAUCACAGGAGCAGAAUAGUACUGAAGCAGAGGAACUAUUCGGUCGUUAAAGAGAGUGUUGAACUGCCUCACUCAAGUAAAGUGAAGUCAUAAUUCUCUCCACAGAGGAAGAGGAAAGGGAAAUAUGAGUAAGGGAAAUCAGAACUGGAAGUUGUACAGAAGCUGAGCAGCUCCUGAGGCUUAGUUCAUAAUAACACACCACCACUAUCUUUCCAUUUCUCACCACACAACACUUUAUUCCCUCAACUCUACAUAUUAACUUCAACCGUGUCCACAGCUCUUUCCAGUAAGAGUGUGAGUGUGUGUGAGAGAGAGAGAGUGAGAGAGUGAGAGAGUGAAGUAAGAGGGAGAGAGAGAAAUGCAGUGAUCAGACAGUGACUCACGGCUCUGGUCAGCUGCUGGUUUCAGAGUAUUUUUGGAUCGAUGAGGGUGUGGUAGAAAGGGAAACCAGUAUAGGACCAUGUUAUGCUGUGCAUGCUAAUGGUCAGCAAAUUUUUACUCCUGUUUUUUCAGUAUCACCACACUGUAGUUACAGCUCAAUAAAUGUUUUAUCACUCCAUCCCACUCCAAGCAGUGUCUGCAUUUACGCAUGUGAGUGUGUGUGAGUGUGUCCAUCUCUUUGUGGAAAGGUUUAGGUGUGUGUGUGUAAGUGUGUGUGUGUGUUCUCAUGGUUAGCUGAUACUGAAACACGGCCCAGCCUCGCUUCCGGCGAUGGCAUGAAAUGAAUCUGACCCACUCCCAACAUCCUCCACAUCUCAUCCCUGCUGCUCUGAGUCACACACACACACACACACACACACACACACACACACACACACACACACACACACACACACUUUCCUUCCCUCUUCUCCAGCUGAAGCAUAUUCAUACAUUGCUUCACAUAUGCAUGCAUACUCUCAAGGACGAGGACUUGUGCUCAUUGAAUUAAUCGCGUUCCAAUUAUCAAAUGCCCCCCAUCUCUCUCUCUCUCCCUCCCUCUUUCUCUCUGUUUUCUCUGUCAUUUUCUGUCUUCCCUCUCUCCCUUUCUCUCUCUCUCUCUGUGGAUGGGGGUGGUUGUCAGCUGAUUAGAUAAUGCAAAUACAUUAUUUAUAACACUUUGCACGUUCUCGCCGCUUUAUGAGAUUGCCUAGCAACCAGGGAAAUAUAUUCUAUUGAGCAAGACCUCUGAUAACCAAGGAGAGAGAGAAAGGGAAGGAGAGAGAGAGAGAGAGAGAGAGAGAGAGAGAGAGAGAGAGAGAGAGAGAGAGAGAGAGAGAGAGAGAGAGAGAGAGAGAGAGAGAGGACUGGGAGUUGGCUGGCUCUUCUGUUGCUAUGUAUGGCUCAUCUGGGCCCACUUAUUUUUUCCUUUUUCUUUGACACCUCUCUCCUUUUUCUCUCCAUCUCCUCAUCCAUUGUUCCCAGUUUAGCUCUUCCUUACUCCUUUCCUUCCUUUCUUCCUUGUUUGUCUUCUUCCUACUUUUCCUUUUCUCUGUGUCUCCUGUUUCACUCCCCAUUCAUUUCUUCCUCCUCCUUCAUCUUCGUUCUCACUUCCUGUUGCUGUUUCCUCAUGGGGCUGUGUACCUGGCAUUGACUUCUAUACUGCUAUAUUUAUAGAUCUGCUCUGAGCCACAGAGAGGUGAGAAUUAACUUUGCAGUGCAGGUGUGCACUGUAUACAGCUUGUUUUUUUUUCCUCGCUUGUUAGCAUACUUCACAGCAGUACAGUUACAGUCACACAGUGUUUGUCAUGCACAUGUAUCAUUCAUUCCAGGGUGGAGAUGGUCAGCAACUUUAGUUUCACAACACAUUGAUAAAGCUCAGACUAAGUGUUGAAACUCUGAGCAGAUUAUGAGAAACUGACAGCUGAAGUCCGUAACUCAGUCUUUAUCUGUGUGAGACUUGCAGUUUUGUUGCUUGAAGACAUCUUGUGUCUGUUUUUGUGUUGUUGUUUUGAAUCUCUUUGUUUUCAUUCCCAUCUCUGAGUGAUCUUUUGGUGUGUCAUUGAGUGUAUUUGCAUUUGUUUCUGGUAAUUUGUUAGUCUUUGUAAAAAAAAAAAAAAAAGAUUUCAUUUUGUGGCUGUUUUUCAAUCUUUUUGUGUCCUUCAUGGUCAUUUUUGGUGGUUCUGUUGUUCUCCUGAUGUCCCCAAAAAAAGGCCAAUUGAAGUAAAUGCUUUGGUUUAUGGCCCUCCUAACCCUUUAACUACUGGCUUGUUUCUGCUAGGCCUGAUCAUGGUAUAUCCUUUUUGUGUUUUCUUUUACCUGUAGCCUGUGUGAACAAAGACUUAGUAACAGUGACAACGCUCCUUGGUGUCCCAAAGAUGGUGGAUCUCCAACUGGCAAUGCUGACCACGACUAGCUUCUUGUUCAUCUAGAUUUCUCUUAUGUCAACACUAAGCAUCAAACUACAUUGGGUUAACAGGGUCUGUAGACUAAAACUUGGGGAAGCAGCUACCAUGGAUCAGUGUGAUUUAACACCCGCUGUCACACCUCUCUCAAUUUCCAAUUAACACCUUAUAAAAGGAGCCGUCUAUUUCUGUAUUCCCAGUCUUUACACUAAAAUAAGAUAAGCUGCUGACUACAGCUUCAGAGUUGACAUACAUGUUACUGAUGUCUUCUAACUGACUGUAAGGGAUAUACCAUAAAUGCAUAGGGUUGUGUAUAAAAGGGGUUCAUAAGUAGACAAAGUUUAAAGCAGUGUGACCGGGUCAAGACCAGCAGCCUCAGCUCACCUCAGCUCUCCCUGCCUGACUGGACUGAACCUCUGAUGGGAUUAAGGGUUCAGGUGAGACACUCUGCUGGUUCAGAGGCAGUUCAUCGGGUCACUGGGUUACACUGUGUGUCUGUGUGUGGGAGAAGUUAGCCUGCAGGCUUUCAACAGAUACAGGUUACAAGUUUGGAGUGUCAGCAUACCCUUGGGGUGGCCAUAUUGGAUUAUGAUGGGCCUUAUGAACCUGAACCGAGAGCCCCGUACAAACAAAACAUCUGGGAUUAAAACUUUGAAUGAUUUUUUUAACCUUUAUCUAAAUUUAAGUAUAACUACCAUUGUUUUUAUUUUUAUAUUAGAAAUUAUAAUCUGUUAUUUUCUUUCUAAAUCAUGUUAUGUCGGUGGACUCUAUCUAGCUUUGGUAAAGAAAGAGCCUAUGGUGAUGUUUUUAAUCAGACUAUCAACACAUUCCAGUAUUUAUACUCAAACUACGAUGUGAUAAAAUGUAACCAUAGCUUUGGGAUGAAAAGGUUUUGAUAAUAAAUAGUGAUCCAAAAACUGUUCUCAUAAACCAGUGUCUGUAGUUUAAUAUCAAAAAUUACAAAGAAAAAGAAAGAGCUCUCUCUUUUAAUCUGUGCGCAGUGUGAAAUAUGAAUACUAGCAGACCUCUCCGGUGCUAAUCAAAAUAAUCAGAUCUGUGCUGGUUUGAGCUUUUUCUUUGAUCCCGCGGAUAUAAAUGCACUUGAUUAAAUGAUGUAUGCCCCUUUCAGUAUUUAUACAUUUUGUUGGAUGUACCUUAAAAGAUGGAUGUGAAACAUCCCUGCCUGCUCGCUUGGCUUGACUCAGCUCUGCUUCAGUGGUACAAUAGAGAACAAACCUGCACUGUCGACUCCACGGGAUCAGCUGAGGUAAAACUGCAGACAGAUGGCUGCAAGUAGAAAACAAAACCAAUAGAUACCAGUGUUUUUAUUGUAAUGCCAGAAACUCGCACCAGCAAUCUACAUGUUCUUGAGUGUACAUUAUUCACUCACUAAUCUGCUCACUCUGCUACUCCCUAACGCAUCUUUUUACUCAUUUUAUUUUCUAAAAACAGCUGAAAGUCUUCCUCAUGUUGCCUCUGCAGCCUGGAAAUCUUCCCCUGAGACCUUUUUGACAAGGUUUUAAAAAAGAGGUGCAGCCAAAACCAAAAGUACUCAGUCACUUCUCUUCUGAGAUGAGACAGUCAACAGGCACCAAGCUGGAAAAUUAUAGCAAGCUUAAGCAAUGCCUGGAGGUGAAAGUUUGACCAAAACCUUCAAGAGGACUCAGAUGUUCAUAAACAGAAAUAUAGAAAUUCUCAGGAGAACUGAAUAUGAGUGAAAUGUUCUUGCAAACAUCUAUCUGUAUUUACAUCUAUGUAUACUAAAUACAGCUGUGUGUGAUGUACUGUGGCUUUAAUUUCUUAGGUUAUCCUCCACCUGUUUGCCUGCCUGACUACAGGAACGAAGUUUAAGAGGGGUUUUAUACCUUGCUCUGACUUCUCAUUAAAAUAUGUCUGCCCACCUUUAAAACUGGUAUUAGGUAAAGAAAGGACUUAUAGUAAGUCCAUGUUUUCCUAUUUAAGUCUGUUAUAUUCUGUUUAUUUGUGAAGGGAUGCUUGCAGCCCCGGUUUAUCAGUGUUGCUCUAUAAAUGUAUUUUCUGAUGUAACGGUGCUAUAGUUUCAGAUCUUUUUAAAAAGACUGUUAAAAAUGGAGUUUGGUUUGGUCAUAGUCUAUGUUCACAGUUAGUCUCAGAUGCUCGUCCUUUAAAUGGGUGCGGCCUCAGAAGAAAUCAUGUGACACAGAUAAAGAAAAUGAGUCUCCUCAGGACACCUUAUCGUAGUUCAGCCUCUGUUUAUUCUCAGGUGUUGAUAAAACCGAGCUGGUGAUGGGGGUGAUCAUCUUUUCCAUGGUUACCAGCUAACUAACAGAUGGAGCAGUGUGUGUGUGUUUAUUUUGUGUGUGUGUGCGUGUUUGUCUGUGCAACAAACUGAGAGAGAAAAUCAUAGUUGACAAUAAGGGUACUGUGCUGCUUAAAUAAAAUAAUAUUCUGCCAUUAUUUUUUGCUGAUAAUACAAUUUUAUAUGAUAAAAACAACAAAUAGCAGUAUUGUCGAUCCUCAGUUAAUGGAAGAGUAACAAGCUGACAAGUUAGUUUUGAGGCACAGGCUGGGAUGUAGUUUAUGAUACGAUUGCAUUGUGCAAAACAUGCUGAAGUAUUCAAAGAGGAAAAAUGCUUAAGUUUUAACACAAUCUUCCAAAUCACCAAGAUGUAAUUAACAAUUAAGGAGCAGUAGCAGCAGCUAGCAUUAAAACCAAAGAACACAACACCAUGGUGCCGAUUGAACAUUUGGUAACUGCAGAAAGUUACCUAUCUUUGACUCACUCAAGCUAACCAGCCUUUUUCAGCCUUUUUUUUUCUUUCUUUUUUUUCCAUUGUCUCAGACAUGUAAUCUUUUUCACAUGCCUUGACAUGUUUCGGUGGAAACUUUCGCCUUCCUCAGAAGUGUCAGUUGGUGGUAGGUGUGACAUGUCAUAUUAGCUGGUGUUACUGAGGUGUAACCCUCCUGUCAAUGGUCAACACUGUAAAAAUUACAAUCACUACAAAGGUAUGGAUUGUCCUACUUCCUCCUCGUGUGAAUUUGAUGUUUCCUGUAGUGUCCAUGGCGUUCAGAUGGUCUGUGAGUUUUUGAGUAUGUCCUGCUUUUACCUUCUCCAGUAUGUCAUCCACGCAUCUUUUCCACAGUGUGGGUCUGUAUUCCUCGGGUACGGGUGUUCUGACUUUUUUCCUCCAGAUCUUCCAUAAAAAAACACAUUUUAGCUGAGAGUGGGCCUCCCAUGACAAAUCCCUCUUUCUAUUUGUAUAUUUGGUUCCUGAACUGAAAAUAUACUGAUGUGGUGAUAAAAUGGAGAAGAUGUGUGAUGUCCUGGAUGGUUAGGUUUGUGCGUUUCUAUAAUGUCCUGUCUGCUUGAAGCUGGUCCUGGGGUUUUUGUGAAGAGUGAUAUGAUGUCAUGUGAUAUGAAGAUUUCAUCUGGCCCUACUUUUAUGUUUUUAAACUCGUCUGCCAGCUGUUUUGAAUUUUUACAGUGUUAGUCUGUUUGGCCUAGAAGUGGUUUUAUUAUUUUUGUAAGUGGUUUUGAUAAGUUGUAGGUGACUGAUCCAAUGGGUGCUCCUGGUUUGUGUAUUUUUGGUGUGCCGUAGAUUCUGGGGGUGGUUAGUAGUGGUUUUAAUAUCGCCUUGAGUUUGUUCCUAUUAGAGGCAAACAGACAGUGGGAGGCGUGACCGUCGUGUCAAAAAAAUCGACAGGAGGGUCACGCCUCUGUAACACCAGCUGAUAUGGCGUGUCACACAUGCCACCAAGUGACACUUCUGAGGAAGGCGAAAGUUUUCCGCCGAAACAUGUCAAGGUAUGUGAAAAAGAUUGCAUAUCUGAGAUAUAAUAAAAAAGAAAGAAAAGAAAACUAUGACAUCAGAUAAGGAAUGAUUUAUUGGAAAAAAACAUCUACCUUCACCAGGAAAGGUAACAAUCAUCCCCUUUCAGCUCAGUACUUGUAAAUGUCACUCAUCUUUGCUCACUAAAUCUUAGCCUGUCUUACCCUCAUGUGUGCACAAAACUAGAGAAGGUGUUAUCAGCAUCAGCUCAAAUAAUCUUUGUGAACCAAUAUCUUAACUUUUGUGUCCAUUUGUUUGUGUGUCUGUGUAGAGAGCAGUGUCGUUGUGUUUGCUUGACUCCAUGCUGUUGGCAAGUUGCGUGAUGCCCUUCCCUUUUAAGCUCUCAAACAACCUGGACCCUGACUGAGCUGUCCUACAGAGGGACAAAACACACAAGUGCCAGAUACACACACUCACACAAAGUUGUGCAUGCCCUCUACCAUAGCAACAACAGGUGUGAUGCAUACGACUCCUCACCCUCUCACAGCUUGUACUUUUGGCUGUAAUAACGUUAUAUUGAUUUACAUCCCCAUACACUUAACUACUCAGCUUUUAUGCCACAUGUCACACAAGCAAAAACACAGGCAAGCACAUACACACUUAGUACAUAGCCAUCCUCCUGGCAGAGCCCUGGGGGGUUGUUGCCCAUCAAAACUUGAAAUUAAGUCUUUAAAUCAUAUUUGGUAGAAAAACUCAUUGGUUUGAAAGAACAGUUAAAUAUAAUUUGAUGUAGUGGCCCUCUCACUCUGCACUAAUGCAUCCCCGUUUGUGUGUCUGUGUUCAGACUGCUCACAUUCUGCCAUGUCUUUCAGCUCCUAAUCUAAAGAUUUUGUGGAUUUUCUCUCUGCAGUUGUACAAUCCCAGUUGAAAAUGACUCUGGUAAAGCGAAGGACGGUUGGAUGUCAUCACUGAAUAUUUUUUUUUUGUUGUUGUAUUAAAUUAGUCUGUGGGACAGCCGGCAUUAUAAUCCAAGAUUUGGAUUUUAAGUAUAAAGCCACCAUCUGCUUACUUGCUCUAACGAUGCCAUGCCAUGCUCUGAUUUUGGAUUUAUGAGGGAAAAGUUUGAAGUUUGAUUUAUGCACCACUUUCAUGCACAACGUACAUUAAGGGGAACUUUUUGCCCUUCACUUGUUUAGUUUUUGCACCUCACUUUAACAGUUUAACACAAACAUACACACACUUUUUGAGAGCCUACUUACUUUUUUAAGUAGGCCUUUAUUGCUGAUCAUGCACAUGUUAGCGCAGGUUUCUCAUCUGUCACUUCUCCUUCAUGCAGGGCCGUCUUUUGGUGAAAACUGAUCGUGUCCACCUCGGGGAGAAGGUCCUGCGUGAUGCGGUUCAGGUCCACAGCACCUCCCAUGAGGCGUGGAGUGGCCUCGGUGAGGCCCUGCAGUUGCUGGGCUCCAGCCAGGCCCCUGAAUGUUUCCUCACCGCACUGGAGCUCGAGGCUUCCUGCCCCAUCCGACCCUUCACUAUCAUCCCAAGAGAGCUUUAACAGACCUCAAAGAGGGUCUGUGUUGAAGGAUAAGCAAGCUGCUGGAAAACCAUUCAUUGCUGAUGGAUAAAGAGUCUGAAGGACAAAUAUAUAUUUUUGAAAUUUUCUUCUCCAGAUGGUUAAAAGGAGUUUCCUUUUGCUUAUGUCUGCUUAUUUAAUAUGAAACUAGGCCAGCAGGCAGCUCAAACACAACUACCCUUCCUGGAACCAUAAAAUCUGAGUUUAUAAUCUCAAAUGUGGGGUAAAUUAAGAAUUUGAGAUAUAACAUAAGACUAUUUUAGAGAUUAUGAAAGUAAUUUUCAAAUGGAUCCAGCCCUCUCUGGUUCCAGUCCUCAAGCUUAGCUAAGCUAACAUGGUUGUAGCUUUAUAUUUAACCAGAAGGAAAAUGUUGUUGCAAUCUUGUCAUAUUUCUUUUCAACAGGAAAGCAAAAAAUUAAGAAUGAUGAUUUUCAUUUUCAUUUAAUAACAACACUUUCAUUUACAUAGAAAAGAAAAAAGUGUUUUUUCAGUUUCUAUUUUUCACAGUCAGCUCAUGUUUCAUCAGUCUGAUUGUCCUCUGAUGCCUGAGACUCAUUCUUGAACAUUUUCAGAUAAAAAGUUUAUUUAAAAAAUGUAUUUUGCGUGAACUGUUAAAUAUCUUGAUUAAACACUGAUAUUUAUUGGGAUUUCAGCGCUGUUUGUGAAGAAAAGCAACAGAGGGGGACUUGGUUUCUCUGUUAAGAAAUCACUUUUAACGUUAUAAUGAAAGACUGUAACUUUGUAACUAAUUGUGUUAGUAAAAAAAAAAGUUGUGAAUUGUAUUUGAAAAAAUGUUAAUGUCACUCUGCAAAGCCUAUUAAUUCACCAUAAACUCAUGGCAGCCUUUAGGUCCUUACACACUGGGCGAGAAUUCGCCAGGCGAAUUAUUCGCCUUUUUUUAAAACAGCAUAAAGUCAAUGCAAGCUUCCACACCACCAGCGAUUUUUCCGCGGGGCGAAAAGCCGCUUUUAUUUUUUCGCUCCUGUGUCGAAUUUUUCGGAUAUUCGCAGGCAAAUAUCUGGACCUGCUCGACCUCUGGCUAAUCAAAAGUCAUGUUGUUGAUGACAUCACAGACCCAUACGGCUGGAGGAGAGGGAGAAGUUUGAGAUUAUGAAAACGCAGACAAAGACAGCUGAGGUGCAUCCAAAACUCUUUCGAAUUACUAAUGAAGUAGUUUUCUCACAAGAUGACACUCUCUUGUCUUCCCUAGGAGACAGGUGUCAUGCACACUUCACAGGGUGACCGCCUGCGACUUUAUUAAUUCGGCGAAAGCGAUUUUUCGGACCGGCGAAUAUUCGCAAUUUUCGUCUCGCUAUUUCGCUUCGCUCCGCAAAUUCGCCGGUGUGUAAGGACCUUUUCCCUUAUGUCAUGUUAAGUGCUGGAUAAAGCAGCAACCUCUUGCCUUUUGAACCAAGCUGAUGCAAAAGUGGUAAAAACUGCAGUUCCCAAAGUGUCCACUUGAGGCUGUUUUCAGAAACACAGCGAAACCACACACACACACACUUAUUUUAAAGUAAACUAGGGUGACUAUACGUUCUCUCUUACUGGACAUGUCCUCUUUUUGGGGGGCUGUCCGGCUGUGUCCGGGGAAGUUUAUAAAAUCCUUCAAAUGUCCGUGCGGACUUCCUGCGGCUCCGUGACUCCGCCCUCGCUUAGUCGUGUCCUCUUUUUAGGAAGUCAGAAUAUGGUCACCCUAAGUAAACAUGUUUGCAGCCUGGUUGAGAGAAAGUUUUUGUCUGAAUGGCUCGUUUCUCUAUCCAUACACACUCUGCAGUGAGGGAAUUAUUUCAUUAACAUUAGUUAUAUAAAGCUUACUGGCCUAACAGGCUAGUUGUUAGCAAGGAGGCUAAAGGCCUGCCUCCACUGUACCUCUUAACCUCUUUGAGGGUCAACUGAAAAAUGUAAAGUAAAGUGAGAAACAAAUUGUUAGAAACUAAUAGCAGUAAUGAUAAACUAUAUCAAAGAAAGAUGGAGCUAAGACAGUGAUAACCCCAAACCC